AAAUACCUUCAUUUACUUCAUUAAGAAAUUCAUCCCUAGUAGGCAUUAUAAAGAAAAUUUUGAGUGAAUGUAAUUUCAAAUUUAUUCAAAAAUGAAAAUAUUUUUGCCACUAGUCACGUGGAUAGUGCUGAUUAGUUCGGUAAGUGUACAUUCACAAAAUUAUAUUAAAACAAAACAUAGUCCUAGUGGUCGAUUUCGAGGUGAAGUAUUUUUUUUAAAUCUAGAAGAUGGCUAUUUUGGCUGCCAAGUAAAUGAUUCAACAGAUUAUUUACAAUUAUACGAAUUAUCGAAAUUAUGCGACGGUACCCAAGACUGUUUUUUAGGGUCCGAUGAGCUGAAUAAAGAGCUCAAAUGCACAAAUGACUGUGAUAAAGAUGGCACCAGUUGCAGAAAUGGUGUUUGUCUAAAUGGUGUAUGCCAUUGUAACGAUGGUUACGGUGGUUGUAACUGUGUAGAUCAAGAUGAGAAUGAGUGCAAAUAUCGACCAUGUGAUGUAUUUGCACACUGUACAAAUACUUUAGGCAGUUUUACAUGUACCUGCUUUCCUGGCUAUCGAGGCGAUGGUCUUCAUUGUGAGGAUAUUGAUGAAUGUCAGGAUCCUACAAUAGCAGCAAGAUGUGUGGAAAAUGCAGAAUGUUGCAAUUUACCAGCACAUUUUCUAUGUAAAUGUAAAGAUGGUUAUGAAGGUGAUGGGGAAGUAUUAUGUACAGAUAUUGAUGAGUGCGCAAAGCCAAACAUAUGUGGUCCAAAUGCACAAUGUAUAAAUACACCAGGAAAUUAUACAUGCCAAUGUCCAGAAGGAUAUUACGGUAGCGCCUAUGAUGGUUGUGUAGAUAUUGAUGAAUGUGUAGUUAAUCCAGAUGUAUGCGGCCCAGGUGCAAUAUGUAGUAAUCUUGAGGGCAGUUAUCGCUGCGAUUGUCCUCCAGGUUACGACGGUGAUGCGCGUUCAGAAUUUGGUUGUCAAGAUUAUGAUGAAUGUUCAAGAUCACCAUGUGGUCGCAAUGCACAAUGUACAAAUACACAAGGUAGUUUUAAAUGUAUAUGCCCUGACGGAUAUUCCGGUGAUCCAAUGUUUGGAUGUGAAGAUGUCGAUGAAUGCGCUAAAAACCCAUGUCCAGAAAAUAGUAUAUGCUAUAAUGUAGCUGGCGGCUACGAUUGUAAAUGUUUUAAAGGAUUUGAACUCAUUGAUAAUGAAAAUGACGUUGGAUAUGGGGGAUGCGUCGAUAUCAAUGAAUGCAAUAAUAAACUAAAAGCAUGUGGCCAUAACGCUAAAUGCAUUAACUUACCAGGAACUUAUAAAUGUUUAUGCCCUCCGGGCUUUUUUGGUCAAGGAGAUUUAUACUGUGAAAACAUUAAUGAAUGUCAAGAUAAUCCAUGCGGAGAAAACUCAAUAUGCACUGAUACGAUCGGAAGUUUUAUGUGUUCGUGUAAACCUGAUUAUACCGGCGAUCCAUUCCGAGGUUGCGUUGAUAUCGAUGAAUGCACCGCUCUAGAAAAACCAUGUGGCAAUCAUGCGAUUUGUGAAAACGCGUCUCCCGGUUAUAAUUGUCGUUGUCCGCAGGGUUUCGAUGGUCGACCGGAUCCAAAAAUAGCUUGUGAACAAAUUGAUGUUAAUAUUUUGUGUCAAACUAAUUUCGAUUGUACUAAUAAUGCUGAAUGUAUUGAAAAUCAAUGUUUUUGUCAAGAUGGUUUUGAACCUGUUUUAUCGAAUUGUGUUGAUAUUGAUGAAUGUCGUACUCAACCCGAUACUUGUGGUAAUCAUGCUACAUGUAUUAAUACACCAGGCUCAUAUCGUUGCGAAUGCGAAGCGGGUUUCGUUGGUACGCCACCUAGAAUCAGCUGUAAGCAACCCUGCGAGGAUGUUAAAUGUGGUGAUCAUGCAUUUUGUAAGCCUGAUGGUGUUGAAGCCUAUUGCAUAUGUGAAGAAGGAUGGACUUUCAAUCCAAGUGACGUGUCAGCUGGUUGCGUGGACAUUGAUGAAUGUGAUAUUGUUCAUGGGCCAUUCGGCAGAUGUGGUUUAAAUGCAACAUGUACUAACAAAGCAGGUGGCUUUUCUUGUGAAUGUCCUCCUGGUUAUACGGGAGAUGCAUAUAAUCAAUGUAAAGAUGUUGAUGAAUGUUCACGAGGUAAUAAAUGUGGAGAAGGAGCUAUAUGUAUCAAUUCGCAUGGAGGCUAUACAUGUAAAUGUCCUGAAAAAACUGUACCUGAUCCAGAUCCCACAGUCCGUUGUAUGCCAAUUGUUUCAUGUAAAGGAGAUGAUGAAUGUCCUGGAAAUGCUGUUUGUGAUGACAAAAAAAGAUGUUUAUGUCCAGAACCAAACAUUGGCAAUGAUUGUCGACAUCCAUGUGAAGCUUUAUCUUGUGGUCCUAACACGCAUUGUAUGUUAGUUAACGGCCAAGCACAGUGUCUUUGCGGAGAAGGUUAUACAGGAACUGCAAAUACUCUUGGAGGAUGUGUAGACAUCGAUGAAUGUGCUGGAAAUUCUUGUCCUGAAGGAGCAAUAUGCACGAAUGUCCCUGGAAGCUAUAUGUGUCAGUGUCCAGCCGGUUCUUCGGGCGAUCCAUAUAAAGGGGGUUGUGGUAAAAGUGUUCCAUUUGGAUGUAGUGAAGAUAAUCCAUGCCCAGUUGGAGAAAGUUGCGUCCAGGAUGCUUUUCAAGGAACUGGAGUUUGUAUAUGUAGGCAAGGCUAUGAACGAGAUCAAGCAACAGGCAAAUGUAGAGAUGUAGAUGAGUGUUCUUCGAAUCGAGGAGGUAAAACUGCUUGUGGUUUAAAUGCACUUUGCAAGAAUUUACCAGGAAGCUACGAAUGUCAAUGUCCAACAGGCUUCAAUGGCAAUCCAUAUAGUUUAUGCGAAGAAUGCAGUACACCAGAAUGUAAAUGUCAACCACCUUAUAAACUGGUUGAUAAACAAUGUAUAUUAGCUGGAUGUUCAAAUGGAGAGGCAUGUGGAAAAGGGGCAGAAUGUAUUCAAAUAACAGGAGGUGUUAGCUACUGUGCUUGUCCGACAGGUUACAAAACAUUAUCUGAUGGAUCAUGUGAAGAUGUAAAUGAGUGUUUUGAACGCAAAGUUAUUUGCGGCUUUGGCGCUGAAUGCAUUAACAAAGAUGGAGGAUAUGAUUGUAUUUGUCCAGAGGGACUUAUUGGAGAUGCCUACCACGGAAGGUGUACUCCCGUUCAAAGGAGAUGUUCCAACGAUAAAGAAUGUGGUACAAAUGAAAAAUGUGUUCAACCUGGAGAAUGCGUAUGCUCUCCACCAUUUUACUUAGAUCCAACCGACGGUAAUAAAUGUAAAAACCCAUGUGAACGGUAUCCCUGUGGUUUAAAUGCAAAAUGUACACCAAGCGAUCCACCUCAAUGUAUGUGUGAAGUUGGAUUUAAAGGAGACCCACUAUUAGGAUGUGUAGAAGAAGAUGAAUGCGCUCAUCUACCGUGCGCUUAUGGUGCGCAAUGUGUUAAUAAAAAAGGUGGUUAUCAAUGCGUUUGUCCAAAUGGAAUGACUGGGGAUCCAUAUAAAAAUGGUUGUAUAAUGGAUAGUAACGAAAGACCUAAAAGUGAGUGUCUAAGUAACGAAGAUUGUGCGGAUAAUUUAGCCUGUGUUCAGGGUACGUGUAUAAGUCCCUGUAGCAGUUUGUUAUGUGGCUCUAAUGCUUACUGUGAACCUCAAAAUCAUGGUGGGUGGUGUAGAUGUCGAGUUGGAUUUAUUAAAAAUGAAAAUGAUGAAUGCGUUUCACCUUGUGAAAAGGUUUUAUGUGGGGAAGGAGCUUUAUGCAUUCCGACAGCUGAGGGGCCAACUUGUAAAUGCCCUCAAGGAUUUUUGGGAAAUCCUUUCCCAGGGGGAAAUUGUUACACCGAUCAAUGUUCAGCUUCUAGACCAUGUAAUGAACCGCAAGUUUGUAUAGGGGGACGAUGUAAAGAACGUUGUGAUGGUGUUAUAUGUGGUGUAGGUGCUACAUGUGAAACUACAACUGGAAAAUGUAUUUGUGAACCAAAUUUUAUAGGAAAUCCAGACAUGCUGUGUAUGCCUCCGAUUACCUAUGCUGAUUGUGAACCAAAAUGUGGCAAAAACGCACAUUGCGAAUACGGUUUAACAUACAGUAGUUGUGUUUGCAACCCUGAUUCAACUGGUAAUCCUUACGAAGAGUGCUUCCUAAAAGUAGAAAAACAAGUUUCUUGCAGGACAAACAGUUGUGGUAAAAAUGCAGAAUGCUUCGCUGAUAUGAAUGGAAUAUCAUGUAAAUGUCCUAUUGGUUUAACAGGGAAUCCAUAUGUUAGUUGUACUGAUAUAGAUGAGUGUUUGAAUAAACCUUGUGGAGUGGAAGCAGUUUGUAUUAAUACUGAAGGAAGCUAUGAUUGUAGAUGUAAACUUGGAUAUGCUGGUAAUCCGUUUAUAAGUUGCACUUCAGUUACGGUAACACAAUGUGAAAAUCCCCGUAAAUGUCAGUGUAAUGCACAAGUUCAAUGUCCAUUCGGUUAUACUUGCGAAAGAGGUAGUUGUAAAGACUUAUGCUCUAAAGUGAAAUGUGGUCCGAGGGCAAUAUGUGAUGCAGGUAAUUGUAUUUGCCCACCAGAGUUUAUUGGCGAUCCGAAUGAUAAAAAUGUGGGCUGUCUUAUACAGGGCCAAUGUAGCAACGAUGCAGAUUGUAGUAAGUCUGAAAUAUGCUUCCAGUUAGGGAAAGGUUUACGAAAAUGUAUAGAUGCAUGCAGUAAAAUUCAAUGUGGACCAAAUGCUUUAUGUGUUUCCAACGAGCAUCGAUCAACAUGUUUAUGCACGGAAGGUUAUAAAGGUAAUCCUAGCGAUUUGCAAGUGGGUUGCCAACCAGAAGAAAGAGUAAAUGUACCCCAGAGCAGCUGUUCGCAAGACGAAGAUUGUACAAUUGGUUUUAUUUGUCAAUCUGAUACAAAUGGCAUUAAGGAAUGUAUUGAUCAGUGUAGUAAAGUGGCAUGCAAUAAAAAUGAGGAAUGUAGAAUUGAAGAAAGUGGACACCCAGUAUGUCAUUGUAAAGAAACAUUUGUUUGGAAUCCAGUUUUAUCAAGCUGUGAAAAACCAUCUAUUCCCGACUGUACCAAUGAUGUCGAUUGUCAUACUAAUGCUGCAUGUAGGCCUGAUAUUUUGGGUGUUCUUCGCUGUCAAACUGUUUGUGCAGAAUUCACUUGUCCGGCAAACUCUAUUUGUGUUGCUAAAAAUCAUCAAGGGAAUUGUGAAUGUCUACCAGGAUUUGUUGGCAAUCCCAAUGAUCGUAAUGGUUGUCAACCUAUUCAAAAAAAUCAAUGUAGAACAAAUGCUGAAUGUGCAGAAUCUGAAAAUUGUGUAAAGUACGGUUCAACAAAUAGUUUAAUGUGCAGACCUGCUUGCGAAACUAUGAAAUGUGGUCCUAGUGCAGUUUGUUUAACAAAUAAUCAUUUAGCUCAAUGUCAAUGUCCUCCAGGACCUUAUGCUGGUGACCCAUAUGAUCCAUUUAACGGCUGCAAAAGUGUGCCAUGUGUCUAUAACAAAGAUUGUCCAUCAAAUCAGCUGUGUAAUCGUUUAACACACUCCUGUUACGAUGUUUGUGAUGAAGAAUCUUGUGGAACUAACGCUGUAUGUAUUGCUGAUGAUCAUAAAGCAAUAUGUCAGUGCCCACCAAGCUAUAAACCAAACCCUAUAGCUGAAGUAGAAUGUGUUCCUAUUGGUGGUUGUAUACCAGGAAAAUGCCAUCCAUCAGCUAUUUGUGAAAUUCAGCAACAAGGAGCCAUUUGUAAAUGUCCUCCUAACUAUACCGGAGAUCCAGUUGUAAAUGGUUGUCGACCCGAAGGACAUUGUCCAAACGGUAAUAAAGACUGUGCGCCUAAUGCUGUGUGUUCGAACGGAGUAUGCGUAGAUCCAUGUGAAAAUGCUUGCGGUGUUAACACUGAAUGUAAAGUAGUAGAUCGUAAGCCGGUAUGCACAUGUCUUUUUAGAUUCGUUCCUGUCGCGAAAACCGCUAAAGAAGGAUGCAUUCGAUCUAUUUCCAAAUGCGCUAGCAAUAUAGAUUGUGGUGGAGCUGCCUGUUAUAAUGGACAGUGUAAAGAUCCUUGUAGAAAUUCUGACGAUUGUUCAUCAGGUGAAAAAUGCAUUCAGAACGUUUGUGAAUAUCCUUGUCUUGACCAUAGUCAAUGUCAACAAGGUCUUGCUUGUUUAGAUGGAAUAUGUUUGAUUGGUUGUCGUAGUAAUAAAGAUUGUGAUUCAAAUCAAGCUUGCAUAAACAGUAAAUGCCAAAACCCAUGUGAAGCUGGAAAUGUUUGUGGACCUAACGCAAUUUGUUUGCAUCAAAAUCAAGAUACUUAUUGUUCCUGUCCUCCUGGGUUUGAAGGAAAUCCAACUCCCGAACUUGGUUGUGUUCGAGUUCCAGCGCACUGCCAAAGCACUAUUCAGUGCCCCGAAAAUCAUCAAUGUAUUGAAAAUCAAUGUAAUUUUCCUUGCCGUAAAAAUUCAAAUUGUGCAGUUGGAGAAAGAUGCUAUAACAAAGUAUGUGCAAAAGUUUGUUAUACUAAUAAUAACUGUUUACCGGGAGAAAUUUGUAAUAAUGAUGGUACUUGUCAACCUGGUUGCGAAUCUGAUGCCGAUUGUCCAGCUACAGAAUUAUGUCUUAAUGGAAAAUGUAAAUGUGCGACUGGUUUUAUUGGUACACCAUUUGGAUGUUCCGAUAUUGAUGAAUGCACUGAUACUGGUAUUAUGCCAUGCCAUCAAUCUGCAUUAUGCGAAAAUACGCCAGGCUCGUUCAAAUGUCAUUGUCCUGAAGGUACCGUUGGUGACGGACAUACAGGUUGUGCUUUAACAAAUGAAUGUUAUAAAAAUUCUGACUGCUACGAUAAUUUAGCUUGCUCAGGUGGUAAAUGUAUUGACCCAUGUACUGAAAAUAAAUGUGGUUUGAAUUCUGUUUGUGAAGGAGUUAAUCAUAAAGCUGUAUGUCAUUGCACAGCAGGUCAUUUAGGAGACCCAAUGGAUAAAGUAGUCGGGUGCUUCAAGGUAGAAUGUAUUACUAAUGAUGAAUGCUCAAGCGAAAAGCACUGCGAUUCCGAAACUAAUCGUUGUAUAAAUCCAUGCGACGUUGUGAAUUGCGGUAGAGGAAAUUGUAAAGUUGUAAAUCAUGGAGCAGUGUGUACUUGUUUAGAGGGUUAUUACCUAUUCGAUGGUAUAUGUGAGGAUACAGACGAGUGUUUGAAACAUCCAUGUCAUCACACGGCUAUAUGCAAAAAUCUCCCUGGAAGUUUUGCUUGCUCAUGUCCUGAAGGUUUAGUAGGAGAUCCACUAGUAAAUGGUUGUCGUGAUCCUAAUGAAUGUUUAAGUGACUCCGAUUGCCCUGACACAGCAAUAUGCGACAAUGCUCGUUGUAAAAAUCCAUGUGAACGCUCCAAUGUCUGCGGUCGUAAUGCUAAUUGUAAUGCACGUUCACAUACUGCAGAAUGUUCUUGUCCUCCUAAUUCACGAGGGGAUCCAAAUAAAGAAUGCGUCCAAAUAGAAUGCUUCGAUUCCAACGACUGUCCAAAUGACAAGACUUGUUUUGAUUCUAAAUGCGUUAACCCGUGUUCGCUGCCAAAUUCGUGUGGCAACCUAGCUGAAUGUGUUCCACUUAAUCAUAUUGGAGAAUGCACCUGUACGCCUGGUACCACUGGUAAUCCUCAACUUGGAUGUGUUACUUUGCAAUAUUGUAAUACUGAUUCUCAGUGCUUAUCUGGUACAAUUUGUAAUAAUGGAAUUUGUCAAUCGUUGUGUACUAGCAAUCGUGAUUGUUUACCAGAUCAACUUUGUUUGCAAAAGGUGUGUCAACCAACCUGUAAAUCCAAUUCCACUUGUCCAGAUUUUCAAUACUGUUCGAAUAACAUAUGUAUUAAAGAAUUACGUUGUGAAACAAACGAUGAUUGCGGUUUAAAUGAAGUUUGCGUUCAAGAUAGUUUUGGCCGUGCAAACUGUGAGGACGCGUGCUUGGGGCGAGUUUUGUGUGGUCGUAAUGCAGAAUGCCAUGCAAGAAGUCAUGCACCUGAAUGUGCUUGUAAAGAAGGAUUUUUCGGUGAUCCAAAAACUGGUUGUAGAAAAAGUGAAUGUAAUAACGAUGAUGAUUGCAGUAAUGACAAAAUGUGUCACAAUCAUAUGUGUAAAAUAGCGUGUUUAGUAGGAUCUCAUCAAUGUGGAGCAAAUGCAAUGUGUUCUGCUGAAAAACAUAGACCAGUUUGUUAUUGUCAACCGGGUUAUACUGGAGAUGCCAAAUUGGGCUGUGAAUUAAUCGAUUUUUGUAAAGAUGCGCCGUGCGGACCGGGAGCUGAAUGCAAGAAUUCACGCGGAACUUUCAAAUGUACUUGUCCAAAAAGUUUAGUCGGUGAUCCGUAUAACGAAGGUUGUCGUACGGCGGUUGAAUGUGAACAAAACAGUGAUUGCCCCGAAGCGGCCGAAUGUAACCAAAUUAACGGUGUACCGAAAUGUAAACCCGUAUGCGAAAAUACUGAAUGUGGUCGAAACGCUGAAUGUGCAUAUAAAAAUCAUGAAGCAUUAUGUAGGUGUCGUGAUGGUUUUGAUGGUGAUCCAAGUGAUCCAAUUUCAGGUUGUAGUCCACUACCAAAACCAUGUCAAGUAACAUCAGAUUGUGCCCCUGGAACAUAUUGUUCUGAAAACAUAUGUAAACCUGCAUGUGUUUUGGAUACUGAAUGUAAUGCUUUUGAAGUAUGCCGUGGUGGUCAAUGCAUAAAUCCUUGUGAUCAACCACAAGCUUGUGGUAUGAAUGCUCAUUGCCUUAAUGGUGAGCAUUCAAAACAAUGUGUUUGUCCAGAAGGUUUUACUGGUAGUCCAGAUGUAGAAUGUGUUCGAAUUCCUGUAUCAUGUUCUGUUGAUUUUGAAUGUCAACAGGGAUACAUUUGCCGUGAUCAAAUGUGCAUGCCAAGAUGUUCAAGUGAUCAAGACUGUGCCCAAAAUGAAAAAUGUUUAAAAGGAAACUGCAUGUUAACGUGUCGUGUAGAUAAUGACUGUUUCUUAGGUCACAUUUGUCUUAAUAAUAAAUGUAUUUUCGGUUGUCAUAAUGAUAACGAUUGUAGCGCAUCAGAAUCCUGUCGAAAUAAUAAAUGCAUUAAUCCGUGUUCAGAAAAUCCAUGCGGUCCAAACGCGUUAUGCUCUGUUUCAAAUCAUCGUGCUUCAUGUAAUUGUAUUAAUGGGUUGGUACCAAAUCCAACUCCAAAAGUUGGCUGUGUUCGUUCACCAGCAAUUCAAUGUUUGGAAAAUAGAAAUUGUCCUGAUGGUUUAGCGUGCAUAAAUUCAUUAUGCCGAUCACUAUGUGCUAAUGAUGAGGGUUGCUUAUCAAAUGAGCGAUGCGACAACGGAGCAUGUAAACCGUUAUGUCGCCGUGACGACGAAUGUAGAAAUAAUGAAAUUUGCAUCAGCUUAACAUGUGUUCCUGGCUGUCAGUCUAACUCAGGUUGUCCAGAUAAUUUAGAAUGCAUUAAUAAACAGUGUUCGGAUCCUUGUGCCAAUCCAACAGCGUGUGGAACAAAUGCUUUGUGUACUGUUAGUGACCAUCAGAAAAUAUGUACUUGCCCAGAUAAUCUUGUGGGAAAUCCAGAAAUAGUUUGUAAAGGUUCACAAACUCUCUGCGCUAACAAUGCUGAUUGUCCACUAAACCAUUCUUGCUACGGAAGUAUUUGCUUACAAAAAUGUCGAAAUGAUCAAAAUUGUCUAAAUGACGAGAGAUGUAUGCGAGGAACAUGUCGUACGGUUUGUAAUGUUGACUCAGCUUGUCCACAAGGCCAAAUUUGCGAAAACCGUGUUUGUCAAAUGGGAUGUCGAAAUGACUUGACCUGUGAAUCAAGUGAAACUUGUAUAAAUAAAAAAUGUAAAAAUCCAUGUGAAGUUAUAGGGCAAUGCGGAGCGUGUGCUGAGUGUUCAGUUAUUAAUCAUGGUGUGCAAUGUAGUUGCCCGAAUGGAUUUUUAGGAGACGGAUUAAGUGGUUGUUAUUUGCAACCAGAAAAGUGUAAUUCGUAUUGCCAAUGCGAUGAAAGUGGUGUAUUUUGUGCUCCAACAUGUAGUAAUACACAAGAAUGUCUCUGUGGUCAAGUAUGCGCUCGUGGAAAGUGUAGACAAAGUUGUUCAGCAAAUUCGCCAUGCCCUACCGGACAAUUAUGUGAGCGUGGAGCUUGUAUUGCAGGAUGCAGAGCGAAUUCGGAUUGUGCAAGUGAACAAUCAUGUAUCAACGGUCAGUGUUUAAAUCCAUGUGCGCAUGAUGGAGCUUGUGGUGAAAAUGCCUUGUGCACUGUAUCUGAUCAUAGAACACUUUGUUUCUGUCCAGAUGGCUAUCAAGGUGAACCAACUGAUAAAUGUGUGCCAUUUGAGUGUCAGACUGAUAACGAUUGUGAUUUGAAUAAACGUUGUGAUGAUGGAUCUUGCAAAAAUCCUUGUCAAGAGUAUGGUUCAUGUGGUGUUAAUGCACAAUGUCGUGUUGUUAAUAGACGUCCUCAAUGUUCAUGCCCACCUGAUUUCUUUGGUAAUCCAGAACAAGAAUGUCAGCCAUUAACUGUAUCGGCUUGUUCAAGAAAUCCAUGUGGGCAAAAUACUAAAUGUAUUGAUGUACCUGGCGGUCAUGAAUGUCAAUGUAUGGAUGGAUGUGUUGGUGAUCCUCAUCGUGGAUGUACCUGUUCCGAAGCUCAUAAUAUUUGUGUUGAUCACCCGUGUGGUAUUAACGCGCAAUGUCAGAUAUCCGAAUUCGGUCAACCAAAAUGUGUUUGUACAGAAAGAUAUCCUCAUGGCGAUCCGUAUGUUGAAUGUGCUCCUUAUGGUCCUAAAACUGAUUGCAGAACUCAUGGAUGCGAAAUAGGAGAAUGUGUAAGGCAAGGUACCGAAUACAUUUGCAAAAAGGAAAUUGGUUGCAAAACGAAUAACGACUGUCCAUCUCAAAAAGCAUGCAUCAAUUCUUUGUGUGUAGAUCCAUGUUCUUAUUCGAAUCCUUGCUCCACAGAACACGAGUGUCAAACAGAGCAUCAUGAAACUGCUUGCCCAAUUGUACCGGGCUGCGAACACUGUCCUUCCGGUCUAGGCUGUGAUCCUUCAACUGGAGCUUGUAUCAAAGUUCUUUGCACAAUAAAUGAGGAUUGCCAAAUAAUUGAAGCUUGCAUCAAUGGUAAAUGUCAACGGCCUUGUGAUGUACAUAAUCCCUGCGCUCACAAUGCCGUUUGUGUAAAUACUAAUCAUGAAUCAGAUUGUAGUUGUGUUGAAGGGUAUCAAGGCAACGGGUUCAUUGGAUGCCAACCGGUUGUGGUACAUGAAUCGAUUUGCCAGUAUAAUGAAGAUUGUCCACCAGAUAAACUUUGUGAUCGUUUGAAUCGUAGAUGCAUUAGUCCGUGUAUGCACGAUUCAUGUGGUCAUAACGCUGAAUGUAUUCCGAGAAAUCAUGGCAUAGAAUGCCAUUGCUUAGAAGGAUUUCAUGGAAAUCCCUAUAUUGAGUGUUCGAAUGUACAAGGAUGUAGAUCCGAUUCUGACUGCACAUCAGCAGAAGCUUGCAUCAAUGGAAAAUGUUCAUCUCCUUGUUUAUGCGGUGCUAGUGCAUUGUGCGAUGUUUUUAAUCAUAAAGGAAUUUGUAAAUGCCCACCAGGAUAUGAUGGUAAUCCAGAAGUUAGCUGUAAUCCACCUACAAAUCCUUGUGACCCUAACCCUUGCGGAAUCAAUGCUUUAUGUGAAAUCGAUGGUGGAAACCCUAUUUGUUUUUGUCCAAAAGGUCAAACUGGAAACCCUUUCAAAAAUUGCAUACCUGAAGGUGAUGAAUGUUCUAUAAAUCCAUGUGGACCAAAUAGUGGUUGCCGUGUAAAUGACGGGAUUCCUAUAUGUUUUUGUCUACCGGAAUUUGAAGGCCAACCGCCUGAAGUUCAGUGCACAUUGCCAUCAAAACCUUGUGAUCAAUCACCAUGUGGUCCAAAUACACAAUGCACUGUUCUUAGUAAUGGAUUUUCUAAAUGUACUUGUCUUCCUGGUUAUAUCGAAAGCCCUAACACAAUUCGAGGUUGUGUUGAGCCGAUAAACGCAUGUGAACCCAAUCCAUGUGGUUAUAAUGCUAUUUGUGAUGCAACACGUUCUCCAGUGUGUUCGUGUCCUGGAAAUCUGAUAGGAAAUCCGUUUAAAGAAUGUGUGGAACCAUCUAUUUCCAAAACACUGUGCCGACCUGGCCCAUGUGGAAGAAAUGCUGAUUGUUACGUUGCUAAUAAUCGAGAACAAUGUUUUUGUAAACCUGGUUUUACGGGUGAUCCAUAUGUUGAUUGUAAUGAACCUCCUAGAACUCCAUGCGAUCCUAAUCCUUGUGGACCAAAUGCACAAUGUAUUGUUUCAACAUCUGGCCAAAGCAUUUGCGUAUGUCCUGACGGAAUGGGUGGUGAUCCUACGAGUAUUACAGGCUGCCAUGGAUUUGAAUGUCAAAUUGAUGAUGAAUGUCACGAAUUUAAAUCAUGUAUGGGUUUCCGCUGCCACGAUCCAUGUCCUGGAGCUUGCGGCUUAGGUGCUGAAUGCAGAGUUGAACAUCAUCGUCCUGUUUGUUUCUGUUCACAAGGUUUUACAGGAAACCCUGCAAUAAGGUGCUAUGAGAUACCAACAUUACCACCAUCACCCAAAAAUCCAUGUAUACCAUCCCCAUGCGGCGAUAAUACUGCCUGUAAUGUUCAACGCAAUAGAGCUGUUUGCACAUGUUUGCCAGAUUUCUCUGGUAACCCAAAAAUUGGAUGUAAACCUGAAUGUGUAGUGAACUCGGACUGCACAGAAUCGCAGUCUUGUAUAAAUCGAAAGUGUGUAGAUCCUUGUGUUGGAAUUUGUGGCCAUGAUGCUGAGUGCAGUGUGUUUCAACAUACACCUGUAUGCAACUGUAUUGCAGGAUAUACUGGCAAUCCCUUCUUUUUGUGCACUCCCAUUGGAAUAUUAAAUGACACUAAGAGAGAUCCAUGUACACCAUCACCUUGUGGUCCUAAUGACGUUUGCUCUAUUUUUGGAGAUGGAAUAGCUCUGUGUAAUCCUUGCUUUGGUCCGAACGCCCACCAAAAUCCAAGCUGCAGACCAGAGUGUGUAUCCAAUUCAGAUUGUCCAUUUGAUAAAGCGUGUCUUGGGCAAAGAUGCUUAGACCCUUGUCCUGGUUCUUGCGGACAUCAUGCUGUUUGUAAUAUUUAUGAACAUAAUCCUAUAUGCUCUUGCCCACAAGGAUAUAUGGGAAAUCCUUACGAAUAUUGUUUAGUGCCAAGUCAACCAAAAGAACCUGAAACCUGCAAUACUAUUCAGUGUGGUUCAAACGCUAUUUGCAAACAACAAAGAAAUGGAGUUUUAGCAUGUAUAUGUCAAAAAGGUUAUUUUGGAGAUCCUUUGAUUGGUUGUCGGCCCGAAUGUGUUUUAAAUUCAGAUUGCCCUUCGAAUUUAGCUUGUAUUAACACAAAAUGUGUAGACCCUUGCCAAGGUGCUUGUGGAGCCAACGCAAUGUGUUCUACUGUCAAUCACGCUCCUAUUUGUUUCUGCCCCUCUGGAUUUACAGGCGACGCAGCCAUAAGCUGUAAUCAUAUAUAUUUGCCCCCAGAAAAACCGAUUAUUAUUAAUCCUUGUGAACCAUCACCUUGCGGUGCAAAUAGCCGUUGCCUUAACACACAAGAAGGUAACGCUGUCUGUUCUUGUUUACCAGGAUUUAAGGGGUCUCCACCUGCUUGUCAACCGGAGUGCAUAGUUAACUCUGAAUGCCAACAAAAUCGAGCUUGCAUAAAUCAAAAAUGUGUAGAUCCAUGCCCAGGAACAUGUGGUAUUGGUGCAUAUUGUGAAGUGUUACUACAUAAUCCAGUUUGCAAUUGUGAAUCAGGUUAUGAAGGAGAUCCGUUUGUAUCUUGCUCUAGGAUACCUGCCAUUGAAGAGCCCAGAGUUCCAGAAAACCCAUGUUCUCCAUCACCAUGUGGGCCAAAUUCAAUUUGCCAAGUUAAACAGAAGCGUCCAGUAUGCUCAUGUGUCGAAAAUUACAUUGGUAGUCCGCCUUAUUGUAGACCAGAAUGCACAUUAAAUAGUGAGUGUCCACAGAACAAAGCAUGUAUUCGAGAAAAGUGUAAAGAUCCUUGUGAAAAUACUUGUGGGACGAAUGCAAGGUGUACUGUAGUAUCGCAUGCAGCACAUUGUAGUUGUGAAAAUGAUUACGAAGGUGACGCUUUUGUUGGUUGUAGUAGAAAGGUUGUUAGUGAAGAGCGUAAAGAUCCAUGUUACCCGAACCCAUGCGGAGAAAAUGCUGUGUGCACCGAAAGAAAGGGCGCUCACAGAUGCACAUGUAUUGAACCAUAUAUUGGUGACCCAUACACCACAGGAUGUCGGCCAGAAUGUGUACUUAAUUCGGAAUGUCCUUCAAGUUUGGCAUGUAUCAAACAGCAUUGCAGAGAUCCAUGUGUUGGAACUUGUGGACCCAACGCCGAAUGCUAUGUCGUUAAUCACAUUCCAAGUUGUACAUGCGAAAGAGGUUUCGAAGGGGAUCCAUUCAUUGGAUGUAAACGUUUUAAAGAACCCGCACAAUCAAAUCCAUGUGCUCCAUCACCCUGCGGACCUAAUAGCGUUUGCCGGGUGACUGAUGGUCGUCCAACCUGUUCAUGUCAAAAUGGAUUUUUUGGUGCACCUCCAAACUGCAGACCAGAAUGUAUAAUAAAUUCGGAAUGCUCACAACAUUUGACGUGUAUUAACCAAAAAUGUGUUGAUCCAUGUAUUGGAAUAUGUGGAUAUAAUGCUAAAUGUCAAGUUAUAAAUCACAAUCCUAUUUGUUCCUGCCCACCUGAUCAUGUAGGGGAUCCAUUUGAACAAUGUGUUAUUAGACCAAUGGAGCCGCCAGCAAAUCCAUGUAUUCCAAGCCCAUGUGGUUCAAAUGCGGAUUGCCGAGAAAUGGAUGGAAGAGCAGUAUGUUCUUGUAUACCGGGUAUGUAUGGUGCUCCACCUAACUGCAGACCAGAAUGUUUAAUACACGAAGAUUGUCCAUCUAAUCGAGCCUGCAUACGUCAGCGUUGUGAAGAUCCAUGUAUUGGAGCUUGUGGAUUUAAUGCUCUUUGUAAUGCUCAAAAUCACAAACCAGUUUGUUCAUGUAUUGAAAAUCAUGAAGGUGAUCCAUACGCAGGUUGCAAUAUGCGUUCAGUGGUGCCAGAAUAUGUUGAUCCAUGCCAUCCUUCACCUUGUGGAUCCAAUGCUAUAUGUAAAGAAAGAAAUGGUGCUGGUUCUUGUAUUUGCAUGCAAAAUUAUUAUGGUGAUCCUUAUAUAAAUUGUAGACCUGAAUGUAUACAAAAUUCUGAUUGUUCUGUACAUAAGUCUUGCCAAAAUAUGAAAUGCGUUGACCCAUGCAUUAAUUUAUGCGGAAUUAAUUCUGAAUGUAUAGUAAAUAAUCAUCAACCAAUAUGUAAAUGCGCACCUGGGUAUACAGGCAGCCCAUUAAGAAUUUGUCACGAAAUCCCUCAAAUUACAAUAGUACCUGAUAAGUCUAUCGAUCCGUGCAAACCAUCACCCUGUGGUUUAUAUAGCAAAUGCACGAAUUUGUAUGAUAGACCUGUAUGUGCUUGUCUUCCUGACUAUGUAGGUGCUCCACCAAACUGUAGACCUGAGUGCAUGAUUAGUUCUGAAUGUCCGUCGAACAGAGCAUGUAUAAAUAAAAAAUGUAUAGAUCCUUGCCCUGGAACUUGUGGAAAUAACGCUUUAUGUAAAAUUGUGAAUCAUUCACCAAUUUGCAGUUGUAUAACUGGAUAUAUCGGCGAUCCAUUUAUUAACUGUAUGCCGAUGAGAAGACCGAUUGAAGAAGAGCAGCCUUUAGAACCAUUGAAUCCAUGCAUACCGACUCCAUGCGGAGUUAAUUCUAAUUGUCGUGUACAAAAUUCAAGAGCAGUUUGUUCUUGUAUUCCUAAUUAUAUAGGACGGCCCCCUAAUUGCCGCCCAGAAUGUACUAUAAAUUCAGAAUGCCAAAGCAACAUGGCUUGCAUAAAUUCAAGGUGUGUAAAUCCCUGUAUUGGAUCUUGUGGAAAUUACGCAGAGUGUAGUGUUAUAUCACAUACACCGCAAUGUAUGUGCCAUCCUGGUUAUACUGGCGACCCAUUCACGGGAUGUUAUCGUGAUGUUCCUUCAAUCGAAGAACCUUCUAAUCCAUGUCAAACUAACCCAUGUGGUUUAAAUGCCAUUUGUGAAGAAAGAAAUGAUGCAGCUUCUUGUAAAUGUAUAUCUGAAUAUUUUGGAGAUCCAUAUAUUGAAUGUCGACCGGAAUGUAUUAUAAAUUCUGAUUGCUCCAAACAUCGCUCGUGUGUAAAUAAUAAAUGUAUUGAUCCUUGUCCUGGAAUUUGUGGUGUAAAUUCUCAGUGCUUUGUAAUAAAUCAUACUCCUAAUUGUGAAUGCUUGCCGGGCUAUAUUGGAAAUCCAUCAACAGCCUGUCAUCUUUCCAUUUCAAAGCCAGCUGUUGUUGAAAAUCCAUGCCAACCAUCUCCAUGUGGUCCAUACAGUAAUUGCCGGUCUCAAAAUGGACAUGCUGUUUGUUCUUGUGUUUUAAAUUAUAUAGGAGCACCACCAAAUUGUAGACCAGAAUGCAUGAGUAGUUCGGAAUGCAAUCAAGAUAAGUCUUGUAUUAAUCAAAAAUGUUCUGAUCCGUGUCCCGGCACAUGUGGUUUCAAUGCCCAAUGCCGUGUCAUUAAUCAUAAUCCAGUUUGCUCAUGUUUGUCUGGUUUUGUUGGUGAUCCAUUUAUACGCUGCAUUUUCGAAGAAAAGCCUAUGAUAAAAGACCCUGAAAAUCCUUGCAUUCCGACACCUUGUGGGCCAAAUUCUGAAUGCCGAGAGUUAAAUAACAGAGCAGUUUGCUCUUGUAUUCAGGGUUAUAUUGGACGUGCCCCACACUGUCGUCCAGAAUGUACUUCCGAUUCGGAAUGUCCCACAGACAAAGCAUGCAUCAAUAUGCUAUGUGAAGAUCCUUGCCCUGGAUCAUGUGGCUCGCAUACUACUUGCAUUGUAUAUAAUCAUAAACCUAAUUGUAGAUGUUAUGAACAAUACACUGGUGAUCCAUUUUCAAGCUGUGUUCCACUUAGAAUUCCGCAAGAAGAAACUCCCGAACCAUGCAAUCCAUCACCAUGUGGUGCUAAUGCAGUUUGUAAAGAACGAAAUGGGGCUGGUUCUUGCUCUUGUUUACCAGAGUAUUAUGGAGAUCCAUACAACGAAUGUCGUCCUGAAUGUGUUCUAAAUUCUGAUUGUGCAAAAAAUCGUGCAUGCAUUAAUAAUAAAUGCAAAGAUCCAUGUCCUGGUGUAUGUGGUGCAAAUGCUGAGUGUUCAGUUAUUAACCACGCACCUACAUGCUCGUGCAGUUCUGGAUACACUGGAAACCCAUCGCAAUUCUGUAAAGAAAUUCCAAAAAUCGCUGAACCUAGUCAUCCUUGUCGCCCAUCUCCUUGUGGACCUUAUAGUAAUUGCAGAGAACAUAAUGGGGGAGCAGUAUGCUCUUGUUUGAUAAAUUAUAUUGGUUCACCUCCAGCUUGUAAACCAGAAUGUUCUGUGAGCUCAGAAUGUUCUCUAGAUCGAGCUUGUGUAAAUUUAAAAUGCGUUGACCCAUGUCCAGGAACUUGUGGUAAACAAGCUUUGUGUAAAGUAACGAAUCACAAUCCAAUUUGUUCAUGCCCAGCAGAAUUUAGCGGCGAUCCAUUCAUUGAAUGCAUAUAUAAUGAGCCAAAACCAAAUUUACCACCAGCCAAUCCUUGUACUCCUUCACCGUGUGGGCCAAAUUCUAUUUGUAGAGAUAUUAAUGGCACACCAGCUUGUUCAUGUGUUUCUGAUUUUAUUGGAAAUCCUCCAAAUUGUAGACCAGAAUGUGUCAUAAAUGCAGAAUGUCCCUCUAAUUUAGCUUGCGUAAAUCAGAAAUGUAAAGAUCCUUGUCCAGGGUCUUGUGGUUUUAGCGCACGAUGCAGCGUUGCUAAUCAUGCUCCGAUUUGUACGUGUGAAAGUGGAUUUACAGGAGAUCCUUUUUCGGGAUGUGCACCUAUACAACCGGUAGUUGAAGAAAUCAAUCCUUGCAAUCCAUCACCAUGUGGCGCUAAUGCAGUUUGUAAAGAAAGAAAUGCAGCUGGAUCUUGUACAUGCUUACCUGAAUAUUACGGGGAUCCAUAUAAUGAAUGUCGGCCGGAAUGCGUUUUAAAUUCAGAUUGUUCAAAAAAUAAAGCAUGUGUUAGCAACAAAUGUAAAGAUCCUUGUCCUGGGGUGUGUGGACCUAAUGCAGAAUGUCAAGUGACAAAUCAUUCUCCAAAUUGUUAUUGCAUAACUGGCUACACCGGGAAUCCAUUAGACGGCUGCCGUGCUAUUCCUGAAGAAAUAACACCAAAAGAAGAUAUAAAUCCAUGCGUUCCAUCUCCGUGUGGCCCAUAUAGCCAGUGUAGAGAAAUUAACAAGCACGCUGUUUGCUCAUGUCAAACUAAUUACAUUGGUUCGCCACCCAAUUGUAAACCAGAAUGUGUUGUUAGCUCUGAAUGCCUACAAAACAAAGCUUGUCAAAAUCAAAAAUGUGUAGACCCGUGUCCAGGUACAUGUGGUCAAAAUGCUAGAUGUCAAGUAAUAAAUCACAAUGCUGUUUGUUCUUGCCCACCUGGUUUUACAGGUGAUCCAUUUAAUCGUUGCGAGGAAAUUAUAAUUAAACUUCCUGAUAUCCAAGACGAAGACCCAUGCACCCCAACACCAUGUGGUCCUAAUUCAAAAUGUACUAUUAAUUCUAACGGCUCACCUGCAUGUUCUUGUUUACCUAAUUACAUUGGAAGACCACCUAAUUGUCGUCCAGAAUGUUCUAGUAGUUCUGAAUGUGCUGCAAAUUUGGCAUGUAUAAAUCUUAAGUGUAGUGAUCCUUGUGUGGGCGCAUGCGGUGUCCACACAUUGUGUACAGUAAAUAAUCACAAUCCUUUAUGUCAGUGUGAACCUGGAUAUACUGGGGAUCCAUUCUCCAGUUGUAGUUUUAUUGAAAUUCAGCCAACUGAACCUCCAAGAAACCCAUGCAACCCUUCACCGUGUGGUGCAAACGCAAUUUGUCGUGAAAGAAGUGGUAUUGGUUCCUGCUCAUGUCUUCCCGAAUAUUUUGGCGACCCGUAUAGCGGAUGUAGGCCCGAAUGUGUACAAAAUUCAGACUGCGAUCGAAGUAAAGCUUGUGUAAAUAAUAAAUGUCAAGAUCCGUGUCCAGGAGUAUGUGGUUUUAAUGCGGAAUGCAGAGUUUCAAACCAUGCACCAAACUGUGAUUGCAUUCCUGGAUACACAGGGAAUCCACUUACUGCUUGCCAGUUAAUUGAAAUUGUAACACAAUCGCCCAUACGAGAACCAUGUAGACCUUCACCUUGUGGACCAUAUAGCGUUUGUCGUGAAAAUAACAACGUUGCAGUAUGUUCUUGUAUGGAUGGUUACAUUGGAGCUCCACCAAAUUGCAAACCUGAAUGUAUUGUUAGCUCAGAGUGCCCAUUGAAUAGAGCCUGUGUAAAUCAAAAGUGUAAAGAUCCUUGUCCAGGCACAUGUGGAAAUAAUGCAAGAUGUCAAGUGGUUAAUCAUAAUCCAAUAUGUACAUGUGCUGCUGGUUUGACGGGAGACCCAUUUGUUUCAUGUGUAGAACCUAUUGAAAUUGAGAGGGACUCCCAAGAUCCAUGUGUUCCAUCUCCAUGUGGUCCAAACUCUAAUUGUAUUGUGGUGGCAAACCAAGCUGCCUGCUCUUGCAAAGUUAGUUAUAUUGGAAGGCCUCCAAACUGUAGGCCGGAAUGUACAAACAAUGAAGAAUGCUCCAGCCAAUUGGCUUGUCGGAAUGAACAUUGUAUUGAUCCUUGCCCCGGUUCAUGUGGACAAAAUGCUUUGUGUAAAGUUGUUCAACAUAAUCCGGUGUGCACUUGUACUGAAGGGUAUGAAGGGGAUCCAGCCAGUAUUUGUACACCGAUUCCUGUAACUGAAAGACAACCCGCUGUUACGCCUUGUGAACCGUCACCUUGUGGUCCAAACGCUGAAUGCAGAGAGCGUAAUGGUGCUGGAGCUUGCUACUGUCACGAAGGCUUUGAAGGUAAUGCUUAUGACGUUGAUAAGGGUUGCAGACGUGAAUGUGAAACAAAUAAUGAUUGCGCACCCAAUUUAUCAUGCGUUCGAUUUAAAUGCAUUGACCCUUGUUCCAAUCUUUGCGGAACGUACGCAAUUUGUUCGGUUAAUAAUCAUAUUCCAACUUGUGUAUGUCCGCCUGGAAUGACAGGUGAUCCAUUCUCGCAAUGCAGAGAAAUUCCUCUCGAAAGACCUAAGCAAAAUCCGUGUGUUCCAUCACCCUGUGGACCGAACUCUAUAUGCAGGGAAAUAAAUGAACAAGCUGUAUGUUCAUGUCAAUCGGGAUAUAUUGACCAACCACCAAAUUGCAGACCGGAAUGUGUUGUGAGCUCAGAGUGUGCUACUGAUAAAGCUUGUAUUAAAAAUAAGUGUGUGGAUCCGUGCCCGCAUACAUGUGGAAUUGGAGCUUUGUGUUACACGAAAAAUCACAGUCCAAUUUGUAGUUGCCCAAGGGGAAAAACAGGCGAUCCUUUCGUUGAAUGUACACAAAUUCCAAUAACGCAUGUUGAAACCACUGAAAGAACACCUUCAUGUGUACCUUCGCCAUGCGGACCCAAUUCUAAAUGUCAAAUUGUUGGUGGCAGCCCUGCAUGCUCUUGUUUACCUGAUUUUAUAGGCAGUCCUCCACAGUGUCGUCCAGAAUGUACCAUAAGCUCCGAAUGUGGAAGUACAGAAGCUUGUAUAAAUCAAAAAUGCAAAGAUCCUUGUCCCGGAUCAUGCGGUUUUGAGGCAAAAUGUCACGUUCUUAACCAUGUACCAAUUUGCACUUGUUUGGACGGAUAUACUGGCGACCCUUUUGUUAGGUGUAGUCCUAUACCAUCAACUACCCCCAAACCAGUUGUAUCUGAUCCGUGCAAUCCUUCACCAUGCGGCCCAAAUGCAGACUGUUUUGAUGGUGAAUGUAGAUGUCAAAAUAAUUAUCAGGGGAAUCCUUAUGAUGGCUGUCGUCCCGAAUGCACUUCAAGCGCUGACUGUUCUCGAGAUAAAGCCUGCUUAAAAAACAAAUGCAUUGAUCCCUGUCCUGGAACUUGUGGUGUAAACGCCAAAUGUGAAGUUAUAUCACAUAUUCCAAUAUGUUCGUGCCUUCAAGGUUAUGAAGGAGAUCCAUUUAACAGUUGCAAAAUAAUAAAGGAGAAGCCUCAAAUAAUUGAACCGUGCAACCCUUCUCCAUGUGGUCCGAAUAGUCAGUGCAAAAACAUUAAUAAUCAUGCUGUUUGUUCUUGUAUAAUUGGUUUUAUUGGUGCUCCACCACAAUGUAGACCAGAGUGCGUAGUUAGCAGUGAAUGCUCACCUUUACAAUCUUGUAUAAACAAAAAAUGUAUAGAUCCAUGCAGUGGUGCGUGCGGUCUUGACGCUAGAUGCGAGGUAAUAAAUCAUAGUCCAAUAUGUGGAUGUCCACCAGGUAAAACGGGGGAUCCUUUCAAAAAUUGUUUCAAUAUUCCACCACAUACCGAAGACAAACAAGGAGUUGUUCACGAGCCGUGCAAUCCCUCGCCGUGUGGCCCAAAUUCGGUUUGUCAAGCGAAUGGGGAUCGACCAACCUGUCAGUGCUUGCCAGAAUAUUUUGGAUCGCCACCAAAUUGCAGGCCAGAAUGUAUUAUAAAUUCAGAUUGCGCAUCAACACAAGCUUGUAUUAAUAACAAAUGUAAAGACCCUUGUCCAGGGUCAUGUGGAGUAAAUGCUGAAUGUAGAGUAAUUAGUCAUACUGUGUCAUGUUCAUGUGCCGAUGGAUUUACAGGAAACGCUUUUGUACAGUGUAUACCUGCAGAACAAGAAAAAAUUGAGCCUUGCGAUCCUUCACCAUGUGGUCAAAAUGCUGAAUGUAUUGAAAGGAACGGCGCAGCUACAUGCAAGUGUGUAGAUGAGUAUGAAGGAAAUCCUUAUGAAGCUUGCAGACCUGAAUGUGUACUAAGUUCAGAUUGUACCACUAAUAAAGCCUGUAUUCGCAAUAAAUGCCAAGAUCCUUGCCCAGGAAUUUGUGGUCAAAAUGCUCAGUGUUAUGCAGUUAAUCAUGUACCUAAUUGCGCCUGUAUUGAAGGGUUUGAAGGAGAUCCAUUUACUUAUUGUAAACCAUAUACCCCUCCAGUCAAAUCAGAAAUUUCAGAUCCAUGUCAGCCGUCUCCUUGCGGUCUUAACAGUAGAUGCAGAGUAUCCAAUGGAGUCUCUGUUUGUUCUUGUUUAGAGAAUUACAUAGGAUCGCCUCCAAAUUGUAAACCUGAAUGUACAGUUAAUUCUGAGUGCCCACAAAAUAAAGCAUGCCAUAAAUAUAAGUGCGCAAAUCCGUGUGCAGGAACUUGUGGGUUAAACGCUAAGUGUGAAGUUAUCAACCAUAACCCAAUAUGUAGUUGUGCGUUAGAUAUGACAGGUGAUCCAUUUAUUAGAUGUUCACCUGUUCCAAAAAUAGAAAUGCAACCAGAAUUGAUUAACCCAUGCGUGCCAUCACCUUGCGGAUUAUAUUCAGAAUGCAGAAGCAUAGGAGAUGCACCAUUAUGUUCAUGUUUGUCAAAUUACAUAGGCUCACCACCUAACUGCCGCCCUGAAUGUGUGGUAAACACAGAUUGUCCGUCGGAUAAGGCUUGUAUCGCAGAAAAAUGUCGAAAUCCAUGUGAAGGAUCAUGCGGAAUAAAUUCUGAAUGUCGUAUCCAAAAUAGGAUUCCUAUAUGUACAUGCAGAACUGGGUUUACUGGUGAUCCAUUUACUCAAUGCAUUGAAUAUAGAGAACCAGAAGUUCAAAAACCUGUUGUAGAUCCAUGUGACUUACAACCAUGUGGUUCGAAUACAGAAUGUAAUGAUGGAAUUUGUAAGUGUAUUCAAGAUUACAAAGGAGACCCGUAUGUCGGAUGUAGACCCGAGUGUACUUUAAGCACCGAUUGUUCCCCAAAUAAAGCCUGUAUCAACAAGCAUUGUGUUGAUCCUUGUUCCGGAACAUGUGGCAUAGAAGCAACAUGUGAUGUUUUAAAUCACAUACCAAUUUGUAGCUGUCCUAAAGGGUAUACUGGGGACGCAUUCAUACAAUGUCGACUAGAACCAAAAGUGACACAAUCAGACCCAUGUAAACCAUCUCCUUGUGGUCCAAAUAGUAUUUGCCAUGUUAGUACCUCAGGUGCUGUGUGCGCUUGUCAAGUUGGAAUGCUUGGAACACCACCAAAUUGUAAACCAGAAUGUGUUGUAAGCUCUGAAUGCUCAUUGCAAACAGCUUGUUUAAAUAAAAAAUGUGUUGAUCCAUGCCCUGGUGCAUGUGGUCAAUAUGCCAAAUGUCAAGUCAUUAAUCACAAUCCAGUAUGCAGCUGCAAUCCAGGCUACACGGGUGAUCCAUUUUCAAGGUGUUAUUUGGAACCGGUUGAAAAACCAAAACAACCAGAAAAUCCAUGCAUACCAUCACCAUGCGGGCCAAAUUCAGAAUGUAAAGUAGUUGGUGAAAGUCCAGCUUGUUCAUGUCUAAAUUCAUUCAUGGGUGUGCCACCAAAUUGUCGCCCAGAAUGUACAAUAAAUCCGGAAUGUUCAUCAAAUAAAGCUUGUAUUAACCAAAAAUGUCAAAAUCCUUGUGUUGGUUCCUGUGGACUUAGUGCAAGAUGCAGUGUGGCCAACCACAUGCCUAUUUGUUCUUGCGAUGUUGGAUUUACUGGAGACCCAUUUAUUGGAUGUUCACCAAUUCAAGAAAUUAUUCAUGAUGUAUUAACACCUUGUGAUCCAAAUCCUUGUGGUUCAAAUGCAAAUUGCCGUGAAUUAAAUGGCAUUGGAUCAUGUCAAUGUAUUCCUGGUUAUUUCGGGGAUCCUUAUCAAGGUUGUCGACCUGAAUGUAUUAUUAAUUCUGAUUGUCCAUCUAAUAAGGCUUGUUUACGACAAAAAUGUGGUGAUCCUUGCCCAGGUACAUGUGCGCAAGAUGCUGUAUGUUUUGUUGCCAAUCAUGUACCAUCUUGCUCAUGCCGAAAUGGUUAUACUGGAGAUCCUUACAAAUAUUGCAAAGUUAUACAACAAGAACAAAACUUACCUUUUUCAGCUGUUGCCACUGUCAAUGAUGUUUGUAAUCCUUCUCCUUGUGGCCCUAACAGCCAGUGCCGUCAACUUAAUAACCAAGCAGUGUGUUCCUGUUUACCAAAUUAUAAGGGUAGUCCACCGAUUUGUAAACCGGAAUGUGUAUUAAAUUCUGAAUGUUCCUCAGAGAAAGCAUGUAUGAACCAAAAAUGUUCAGAUCCUUGUCCUGGUACAUGUGGACUAAAUUCCAUUUGUAAAGUUCAUAACCAUAGUCCAUUUUGUUCAUGCAUAAAUGGCUACACCGGUGAUGCUUUUCUCAAAUGUUCCCCAAUACCAUUGCCAACAAUAACGAGUGAAAAAAUUCAAACUGAUCCAUGUAUUCCUUCACCUUGCGGCUCUAACGCAUUAUGCAAACCUAUUAACGGAAAUCCCUCAUGCAGUUGUUUGCCAGAUUAUUUUGGUAUUCCACCGAACUGUAGACCAGAAUGUACAAUAAAUGCAGAUUGCGCAAGUGACAAGGUUUGUAUUAAUCAAAAAUGCGUCGAUCCUUGUCCAGGAACUUGCGGUUUUUCAGCAAAGUGUAAUGUCCUUCAUCACACGCCGAUUUGCAGCUGCCCUUCCGGUUUAACUGGUGAUCCUUUCUUGAGAUGCGAAGUCAUCGUUGAACCGGCAGCCUCUUUAGAUCAUUACAAGAAUCCCUGCCAACCAUCUCCUUGUGGCCCUAAUAGCCAAUGUAGGGAAGGUGUUUGUGUUUGUUUGCUAAAUUUCUACGGAGAUCCCAUUACUGGCUGUCAACCAGAAUGCGUUCUUAACUCAGAUUGCCCUCGCGACAAAACUUGUAUUAAUUUUAAAUGUAAAGAUCCAUGUCCUGGAACUUGUGGUAUAAAUGCUAUAUGCGAUGUAUUUAACCAUAUUCCCAUGUGCAGAUGCCCAGAAGGAAUGUCCGGAAACUCAUUUGUCCAAUGUAACCCUAUUACAAUAAAUCCAUGUUCACCUACCCCUUGUGGGCCCAAUUCGCAUUGUAAAAUUAUAAAUGGGCAAGCAGUUUGUUCGUGCAUUGAAAACUUCUUGGGAAGUCCUCCUCUAUGUAGGCCUGAAUGCACAAGAAACUCAGAAUGCGCCUUUAAUAAAGCUUGCCAGAAUCAAAAAUGUCGAGAUCCAUGUCCCGGAACAUGCGGUCGUGGGGCCCAAUGCAACGUUCGUAAUCAUAAUCCGAUUUGUAACUGUCCUUUAGGAUUCACUGGUGAUGCUUUUGUUAGAUGCGAUUUUAUAAGAGAACCUACUACGGUUGAACUAGAUAUCAGAGAUCCCUGUAUUCCAUCCCCAUGUGGGCCUAACUCCCAAUGUAAAGCCGUAGGUGACUCCCACACUUGCUUAUGUUUACCUGAGUUUGUGGGAACACCUCCAAAUUGCCGGCCAGAAUGCAUAUCAAAUACAGAGUGUGCAAGUAACUUAGCGUGCAUAAAUCAAAAAUGCAAGGAUCCUUGCCCAGGUUUGUGUGGACUUAAUGCAGAAUGCCGAGUAAUAAGUCACGUUGCACAAUGUGUGUGUAAUUUCGGCUACAACGGAGAUCCAUUUACACAAUGCUUACCGGUAAUUCAGCCUGUUGAGUUCUUAGAUCCAUGUAAUCCAUCACCAUGUGGGACCAACGCUGAAUGUCAAGCACGAAAUAAUGCUGCCACUUGCAGUUGUUUAAAUGAUUUCUUUGGUGAUCCUUAUGAGGGAUGUAGACCUGAAUGUAUACUGAACUCAGACUGUGCAUCUAAUAAAGCUUGUGUUCAAAACCACUGUAGAGAUCCAUGCCCUGGAACUUGUGGCCAAAACUCCGAAUGUUAUGUUAGAAAUCAUUUGCCAAAUUGUAACUGUUUGCAAAGUUAUACGGGUGAUCCUUACUCUUAUUGUUCGAUAAUCCAAAAGCCAGAAGUUAUUGAGUACCAGAACCCCUGUCAACCAUCUCCUUGCGGCCCUAAUAGUCAGUGUAAAGAACAAAAUAAGCAAGCGGUUUGCUCUUGCUUGCCCACGUAUCAAGGAUCUCCACCAUCGUGUAGGCCAGAAUGUACUACAAAUUCCGAAUGCACUUUGGAUAAGUCUUGUAUUAAUAUGAAAUGUGUAGAUCCAUGUCCAAACAUUUGUGGAAACAGCGCAAAAUGUCAAGUCCGUAACCAUAGUCCAAUAUGUUCAUGUCCUCAAGGAUUUACUGGUGAUCCAUUCACACGAUGUUUUAUCUUGCCACAACAUACCAUAGCACUAGAAGAUGAAACUAUAAACCCUUGUGUUCCUUCACCCUGUGGACCAAAUUCUGAAUGCAAAGCGAUUGGAUCUAUUCCAUCAUGUAGCUGUUUACCCACAUUCCUUGGGGCACCACCAAACUGCAAGCCAGAAUGUACAAUAAAUGCUGAAUGUGCAAGCAAUAAGGCCUGUAUAAAUCAAAAGUGUAUUGAUCCAUGCCCUGGUCUUUGUGGAAAUUCCGCCUUAUGCAAUGUCAUAAAUCAUAUUCCAUCUUGUGUUUGCUUAGCUGGAUAUGAAGGGGACGCUUUUACAAGUUGUCAUUUAAUACCGCAGAAACGUAAGAAGUAGCCUAUUGAAGAUGAUCCUUGUUUACAAUGCGGUUCAAACACGCAAUGUGCAAAUGGUAUUUGCUUUUGUUUGCCUGAUUACUUGGGAGACCCACUUCUUGGAUGUAGACCAGAAUGUAUUUUGAAUUCGGAUUGCAGUAGAGAUAAAGCUUGUUUACAGCGGAAAUGUAAGGAUCCGUGUCCAGGAACUUGUGGAGUAAAUGCAGUAUGUGAUGUAUUCAAUCAUAUUCCUAUGUGCAGAUGUCCGGAAGGAACUUCGGGCAAUGCUUUCAUACAGUGCACGCCUGUUAAAAGCCCUGCAAUAUCUAACCCAUGCUCACCCUCUCCUUGCGGUCCAAGUUCCCAUUGCAGGGUGAUCAAUCUACAAGCUGUUUGUUCUUGUAUUGAAGGAUAUUUGGGAAGUCCGCCAUCCUGUAGACCAGAGUGUACAAGUAACUCAGAAUGCCAUUUCGAUAAAGCUUGUCAAAAUCAGAAAUGUCGCGAUCCCUGCCCAGGAACUUGUGGGCGUGGAGCUAGAUGUUCUGUUCGUAAUCAUAAUCCUAUUUGCAGUUGCCCCAUAGGAUUGACUGGAGAUCCAUUUAUAAGGUGUGAGGCGAUCCGAGAACCUGCGCAAAUUGAAAAUCCUUGUAUUCCCUCACCUUGUGGCCCUAAUUCUCAAUGUAAAGCAAUAGGAGACUCCCACACUUGCUUAUGUUUACCUGAGUUUGUGGGAGCACCUCCCAAUUGCCGACCAGAAUGCAUAUCCAAUACAGAGUGCGUCAGUAACUUAGCAUGCAUAAAUCAGAAAUGCAAAGAUCCUUGCCCAGGUUUGUGUGGGCUUAAUGCAGAAUGUCGCGUAAUAAGUCAUGUUCCACAAUGUGUUUGCCAUUCCGGAUAUAACGGAGAUCCAUUUACACAAUGUUUACCGGCAGUACAACCAAUUGAGAUUGUAGAUCCAUGUAAUCCAUCUCCAUGUGGAUCCAACGCUGAAUGUAAGGCGCGGAAUAGUGCUGCCACUUGCAGUUGUUUUAAAGACUUUUUUGGUGAUCCUUAUCAAGGAUGCAGACCUGAAUGUAUACUGAACUCAGACUGUGCAUCAAAUAAAGCUUGUGUCCAAAGCCACUGUAGAGACCCUUGUCCUGGAACUUGUGGCCAAAAUGCCGAAUGUUAUGUUAGAAAUCAUUUACCAAAUUGUAACUGUUUGCAAGGUUAUACGGGUGAUCCUUACUCUUAUUGUUCGAUAAUUCAACAAACUAUAGAGACUGAGUACGAAAACUCUUGUCAGCCAUCUCCUUGUGGCCCCAAUAGUCAGUGUAAAGAACAAAAUAAGCAAGCGGUUUGCUCUUGCUUGCCCACGUAUCAAGGAUCUCCACCAUCGUGUAGGCCAGAAUGUACUACAAAUUCCGAAUGCGCUUUAGAAAAGUCUUGUAUCAAUAUGAAAUGUGUAGAUCCAUGUCGAAACACUUGUGGAAACAGUGCAAAAUGUCACGUCCGUAAUCAUAGUCCAAUUUGUUCAUGUCCUCCAGGGCUUACAGGUGAUCCUUUUACACGCUGUUUCGUUCUACCACCAGCGGCAGCUGAAUUGGAGGAUGACGAUAUAAAUCCCUGUGUUCCUUCACCAUGUGGACCAAAUUCUGAAUGUAGAGCUGUUGGAAGUCUUCCAUCAUGUAGUUGUUUAUCUACAUUCCUAGGUACACCACCAAACUGCAAACCUGAAUGCACCAUAAAUGCUGAAUGUGUAAGCAAUAAAGCCUGUCUAAAUCAGAGAUGUAUUGAUCCAUGUCCGGGUCUUUGUGGAAAUUUUGCAAUAUGCAAUGUCAUAAACCAUAUUCCAUCUUGUGCUUGCCUACCUGGUUAUGAAGGCGAUGCUUUCACAAAUUGUCAGUUAACACCGCAAAAACAAUCUAUAGAAGAAGACGAUCCAUGUUUACAAUGUGGUUCAAAUACGCAAUGUGAAAAUGGUGUUUGCGUAUGUUUGCCUGAAUUCUUGGGAGAUCCACUAGUAGGCUGUAAACCACAAUGUGUUCUUAAUUUUGACUGCGAGAGAGAUAAAGCAUGUAUAAAACGAAAAUGCAAAAAUCCGUGUCCGGGUACAUGUGGCACAAACGCUUUAUGUGAUGUAUUCAAUCACGUUCCGAUGUGUAGGUGUCCCGAAGGAAUGUCUGGAAAUGCUUUUAUUCAAUGCACCCCAAUUAAAAGUCCGGUUAUUUUAAAUCCUUGCUUACCUUCCCCCUGCGGCCCAAGCUCACAUUGUAGAGUGAUAAAUCAGCAAGCUGUGUGUUCUUGUAUUGAUGGUUAUUUAGGAAACCCCCCAUCAUGUAGACCGGAAUGCACAAGUAAUUCAGAAUGUCAAUUUGACAAAGCUUGCCAGAAUCAAAAAUGUCGCGAUCCUUGCCCUGGGACAUGUGGCCGUGGAGCUAAAUGUACUGUUCGUAACCAUAAUCCUAUUUGCAGCUGUCCUGUAGGACUAACUGGCGAUCCGUUUGUACGAUGUGAAACACUACUAGAACCUCUAAAGGCAGAAAUGGACUUCAAGGAUCCCUGCAUUCCUUCACCAUGCGGUCCAAAUUCCCUAUGCAAAGCUGUUGGAGAUUCACAUAGUUGCUUGUGUUUACCAGAUUUUAUAGGAUCGCCUCCAAAUUGUAGACCACAAUGUGUUGCAAAUUCAGAAUGUUCUGGUAAUUUAGCUUGUAUAAAUCAAAAAUGUAAAGAUCCUUGUCCAGGUUUGUGUGGGCAAAAUGCUGAAUGUCGAGUGAUAAGUCACGUUCCACAAUGUGUCUGUCAUUCUGGUUACACGGGAGAUCCUUUUUCACAAUGCUUUGUAGACAUUCAACCACUUGAAAUUAUAGAUCCCUGCAAUCCGACACCGUGUGGUACAAAUGCUGAAUGUAAAGCCAGAAACAAUGCUGCGACUUGCACCUGUCUAUCCGACUUCUUUGGUGAUCCUUAUCAGGGGUGUAGACCUGAAUGUAUACUUAAUUCUGAUUGUCCAUCCAAUAAAGCUUGUGUACAAAAUCAUUGUCGAGAUCCUUGUCCAGGAACUUGCGGCCAGAAUGCUGAAUGUUACGUGCGAAACCACAUACCAAAUUGUAAUUGUUUACCACAACAUAGCGGUGAUCCCUACAAAUAUUGCGCGAUAUUACAACCUGUCCAAAUUGAAUAUCAAAAUCCGUGUCAGCCUUCUCCUUGUGGCCCUAAUAGUCAAUGUAAAGAACUAAAUAAUCAAGCAGUGUGCUCUUGUUUGCCGUCCUACAAAGGAAGUCCUCCAUCUUGCAGACCAGAAUGUACAUCAAACUCAGAAUGUCCUCUUGAUAAAUCAUGUAUUAACUUAAAAUGUGUUGAUCCUUGUCCUAAUACAUGUGGGCAGAACUCCCAGUGUCACGUUCGAAGUCAUAGUCCAGUUUGUUCAUGUAACUCUGGGUUUACUGGGGAUCCAUUUACUCGAUGUUACCGUGUUCCAACACCAGUGAUUUCAGUUGAAGAUGAAAAUAUUAAUCCUUGUAUUCCUUCUCCUUGUGGGCCUAAUGCUGAAUGUCGAGCGAUUGGCACCUCACCUUCCUGUAGCUGCUUACCAACAUUUCUUGGAAGUCCUCCUAACUGUAAACCAGAAUGCACCAUCAAUGCAGAGUGCGCUAGCAUUUAUGCUUGUAUUAAUCAAAAAUGUAUUGAUCCUUGUCCUGGUUUAUGUGGAUUAUCGGCUACGUGUUCAGUGACAAAUCAUAUUCCCUCAUGUAACUGUUUGCCAGGUUAUGAAGGAGAUCCUUUUUCAAGUUGUCAAGUUGUACAACUACCACGUAAGACGAAAAAAAAAUAAUUGUGGUAUUCUAUAAAUAAAUUUUUUGAUUUAGAAAAACCCAUUGAGGAAGAUGACCUCUGCCAGAUUUGUGGACAAAAUACGUAUUGUGAAAAUAAUGUGUGUGUAUGUUUGCCUGAUUUUAUUGGUGACCCAACAGUUGGAUGUAGACCGGAAUGUGUACUUAAUUCUGAUUGUGAGCGCGAUAAAGCAUGUAUAAAGCGAAAAUGUAAGGAUCCGUGUCCUGGUACAUGCGGAAUAAAUGCUAUAUGUGAUGUAUUUAAUCACAUUCCUAUGUGCAGAUGCCCAGAGGGAAUGUCUGGCAAUGCUUUUGUUCAAUGCAAUCCUGUACUAAGGCCUAUAGAUAAUAAUCCAUGUUCACCAUCCCCGUGUGGUCCCAGUUCUCACUGUAGAGUCUUGAAUCAACAGCCGGUUUGUUCUUGUAUUGAAGGUUAUCUAGGUAGCCCUCCAUCAUGUAGACCGGAAUGUACAAGCAAUUCAGAAUGUACCUUUAACAAAGCUUGUCAAAAUCAAAAAUGUCGUGAUCCUUGCCCAGGAACAUGUGGGCGUGGUGCUAAGUGUAAUGUGCGUAACCACAAUCCAAUUUGUAACUGCCCUUCAGGUUUCACUGGUGAUGCUUUUGUAAGAUGUGAUAUCAUAAGAGAACCCAGUAAAGCUGAGCUUGAUAUAAAGGAUCCUUGUAUUCCAACCCCUUGCGGACCUAAUUCUCAAUGCAAGGCUAUAGGAGAAUCUUACACUUGUGUAUGUUUAUCUGACUUUAUAGGAGCUCCUCCUAAUUGUCGACCAGAAUGCGUUUCGAAUACGGAAUGUGCAAACAGUUUAGCUUGUAUUAAUCAAAAAUGUAAAGAUCCUUGUCCAGGAUUAUGUGGAGUUAAUGCAGAGUGUAGGGUCAUAAGUCAUGUACCACAGUGCGUGUGCAGUUCCGGAUACAACGGAGAUCCAUUUACACAAUGCUUAGCCGUAGUGCAACCCAUUGAGAUUUUAGAUCCAUGUAAUCCAUCUCCAUGCGGAGCCAACGCUGAAUGUAAGGCGCGGAAUAGUGCUGCCACUUGCAGUUGUCUAAAGGAUUUCUUUGGAGAUCCUUAUCAAGGAUGUAGACCUGAAUGUAUUCUUAAUUCCGAUUGUGCAUCUAAUAAAGCUUGUGUCCAAAAUCAUUGUAAGGAUCCAUGUCCGGGAACGUGUGGACAAAAUGCUGAGUGUUAUGUUAGAAAUCAUUUACCGAAUUGCAAUUGUCUACAAGGUUUUUCUGGUGAUCCAUAUGUUUUUUGCGCAGUUGUUCAAGAAUCUAUAUCACAAGAAUAUAAAAACCCCUGCCAACCGUCUCCAUGCGGGGCAAACAGCCAGUGUAGAGAACAAAAUAAUCAAGCUGUGUGUUCCUGUUUACCGUUAUACAAAGGGUCACCUCCCUCUUGUAGACCUGAGUGUACCGUUAGUUCAGAAUGUGCUCUAGAUAAGUCUUGCAUGAACUUAAAAUGUGUGGAUCCUUGUCCUAAUGCUUGUGGUACAAACGCCAAUUGCCGCGUACGUAAUCACAGCCCAGUUUGUGUAUGUCAAUCUGAUUUUACAGGCGAUCCAUUUACUCGAUGUUAUCCAAUACCAAGUAAGAAAAUCUAACCUGUAGUUACUAUUGAUGAUGAAAUAAUAAAUCCAUGUAUUCCAUCUCCAUGCGGGCCAAAUUCAGAAUGCAGAGCUGUUGGAAAUGCACCAUCUUGUACUUGUUUGACAACUUUCUUAGGUGCUCCUCCAAAUUGUAAACCGGAAUGUACAAUUAAUUCUGAAUGCACAAGUAACCAAGCUUGUGUAAAUCAAAAAUGUAUAGAUCCUUGUCCUGGAUUGUGUGGGAUAUCGGCUACUUGUUCUGUUGUAAAUCAUAUUCCCUCUUGUUUGUGUUUGCCUGGAUAUGAAGGUGAUCCUUUCACAAUAUGUAACAUCCCAGAAAAGCACGAGCUGAUCCAAGAAGAUGAUCCAUGUUCGUUAUGCGGUUUGAACACACAAUGUCUUAAUGGGGUAUGCCGCUGUUUGUCAGAUUUCUUUGGUGAUCCCAAUAUUGGAUGCAAACCUGAAUGUAUUCUUAGCUCAGAUUGUAGUCGAGAUAAAGCAUGCAUUCGAAGAAAAUGUAAAGAUCCUUGCCCAGGAACAUGUGGUAUAAAUGCUAUUUGUGAUGUAAUUAAUCAUAUCCCAAUGUGUAGAUGUCCAGAAGGAAUGUCCGGAAACGCUUUUGUUCAUUGCAAACCUGUUCUAAGCCCUGUUACCUUGAACCCAUGUUUGCCAUCACCCUGUGGACCAAGCUCACAUUGUAAAAUAUUAAAUCAGCAAGCUGUUUGUUCUUGUAUUGAAGGUUAUUUGGGAAGUCCACCAUCGUGCAGACCGGAAUGCUCUAGUAAUUCGGAAUGCCAAUUUAACGAAGCUUGCCAAAAUCAGAAAUGCCGUGAUCCUUGCCCAGGAACUUGUGGCCGAGGAGCUAAAUGUGACGUACGUAAUCAUAGCCCAGUAUGCAGUUGUCCUCCAGGUUUUACUGGAGACGCUUUUGUUAAAUGUGAUGCCAUAAAGCAGCCUAUUAAAGUUGAACAGGAUAAUCAAGAUCCAUGCAUUCCUUCUCCAUGUGGUCCAAAUUCUCAAUGUAAAACCAUUGGAGAUUCACAUACUUGCCUAUGUUUACCGGAAUUUGUAGGAGCUCCUCCACAUUGUCGACCAGAAUGUAUAUCUAAUUCUGAAUGUCUCAGUAAUAUGGCAUGUAUCAAUCAAAAAUGUAAAGAUCCAUGCCCAGGAUUAUGCGGGCAGAAUGCCGAAUGUCGUGUAAUAAGUCAUGUUCCACAAUGUGUUUGUAGCCCAGGUUAUAAUGGAGAUCCAUUUACACAAUGUCUAACAAUUGUGCAACCAAUAGAAAUUAUUGACCCCUGUAAUCCAUCGCCAUGCGGCGUAAAUGCUGAAUGUAAAUCGCGUAACAAUGCUGCAACAUGUAGUUGCUUACCUGAUUUCUUUGGAGAUCCCUAUGAAGGAUGUAGACCUGAAUGUAUAUUAAAUUCCGAUUGUGCUUCAAAUAGAGCAUGUAUUCAAAAUCAUUGCAGAGACCCUUGCCCUGGAACUUGUGGACAAAACGCUGAAUGUUAUGUUAGAAAUCAUUUAGCUAACUGUAAUUGUUUGCAAGGUUAUACUGGAGAUCCGUAUUCGUUUUGUUCUAAUAUACAAAAGCCCAUAACGGAAUAUCAAAAUCCUUGUAAGCCAUCACCUUGUGGUCCCAACAGUCAAUGCAAAGAGCAAAAUAAUCAAGCAGUUUGCUCCUGUUUACCAUCUUAUCAAGGAACUCCUCCACUAUGUCGCCCAGAGUGCACUACUAAUUCUGAAUGUGCUUUAGACAAAUCCUGUAUUAACAUGAAAUGUGUGGACCCAUGUCCAAAUACUUGCGGGAAUAGUGCAAAAUGCCAUGUUCGUAAUCACAGUCCAAUAUGUUCAUGUCCUAGUGGAUUCACUGGAGAUCCUUUUACUCGAUGUUAUUCAAUUCCACAACCUGCAACUAUAGUUGAAGAUGAAAUCAUAAACCCAUGUGUUCCCUCUCCUUGUGGACCGAACUCUGCAUGCAAGUCUGUGGGGAACUAUCCAUCAUGUAGUUGUUUACCCCAAUUUCUUGGUGCACCGCCAAAUUGUAAACCUGAAUGUACAAUAAACGCUGAAUGUCCCAGUGAUAAAGCCUGUGUUAACCAAAAAUGUAUUGAUCCUUGUCCUGGCCUUUGUGGAAUUUCCGCAGUUUGUAACAUCAUAAAUCACACUCCAUCCUGUGUUUGUUUACCUAAUUAUGAAGGAGACGCUUUUACAAACUGUCGUCCAAUAACACAGAAACCCGAUUUUAUCGAGGAUGAUCCAUGUUUAAAAUGUGGUUCAAACACCAAAUGUGAAGAUGGUGUUUGUGUUUGUUUACCUGACUACUUGGGAGAUCCGUUUGUUGGUUGUAAGCCAGAAUGUCUUUUGAAUUCGGAUUGUAAUAGAGACAAAGCUUGUUUGCGACGAAAAUGCAAAAAUCCAUGUCCUGGAACGUGUGGAAUAAAUGCCAUAUGUGAAGUUUUCAAUCAUGUUCCGAUGUGUAGAUGUCCUGAAGGAAUGUCUGGAAAUGCUUUUAUUCAAUGUACCCCAAUAAAAAGCCCUGCAAUAUCAAGCCCUUGCUUACCUUCUCCAUGUGGCCCAAAUUCGCACUGCAGAGUAAUAAACCAACAAGCUGUUUGUUCUUGUAUUGAAGGUUAUUUAGGAAGUCCGCCAUCAUGCAGACCAGAGUGCACAAGUAAUUCGGAGUGUCAAUUUGAUAAAGCUUGUCAAAAUCAGAAAUGUCGCGAUCCCUGCCCAGGAACUUGUGGGCGUGGAGCUAGAUGUAACGUUCGAAACCACAAUCCGAUUUGUAGUUGUCCUGUAGGACUAACUGGAGAUCCUUUCGUAAGAUGCGAGGUUAACAGAGUGCCAGUAAGGUCUGAAAGUGAUACAAAAGAUCCUUGCGUUCCUUCUCCAUGUGGUCCAAAUUCUUUAUGCAAAGCUGUUGGAGAUUCACACAGCUGCUUGUGUUUACCAGAUUUUAUAGGAUCGCCUCCAAAUUGCAGACCAGAAUGUAUUUCAAAUUCAGAGUGUUCCAGAGAUUUAGCAUGUAUUAAUCAAAAAUGCAAAGAUCCCUGCCCAGGUCUAUGUGGACAAAAUGCCGAAUGUCGAGUAAUUACUCAUGUUCCACAAUGCAUUUGUAACCCCGGCUAUAAAGGAGAUCCAUUUACACAAUGUGUAGUUGAAGUUCAGUCAAAUGAGUUUAUAGACCCAUGUAAUCCAUCGCCUUGUGGUGCAAAUGCCGAAUGUAAGGCCAGAAACAAUGCUGCGACAUGUAGUUGCCUGUAUGAUUUCUACGGAGAUCCUUAUCAAGGAUGCCGACCUGAGUGCGUACUUAAUUCUGAUUGUGCAUCUAAUAAAGCUUGUGUACAAAAUCAUUGCAAAGAUCCUUGUCCAGGAACAUGUGGCCAGAACGCUGACUGUUACGUAAGAAAUCACAUACCAAACUGUAAUUGUUUGCAAGGGUAUUCCGGUGAUCCAUACAAAUAUUGUUCUGUGUUACAACUCCCUAUCGAAAAUGAAUAUCAAAAUCCUUGUCAACCAUCUCCUUGUGGUCCUAACAGCCAAUGCAAAGAAGUUAAUAACCAAGCUAUAUGCUCUUGUUUACCAUCUUAUAAAGGGAAUCCACCUUCUUGUAGACCAGAAUGCACAUCAAAUUCAGAAUGUCCUCUUGAUAAAUCAUGUAUCAAUUUAAAAUGUGUUGAUCCUUGCCCAAAUACCUGUGGCAAAAAUUCUCAGUGCCAUGUUCGUAAUCACAGUCCAGUGUGCUCAUGCAAUUCAGGAUUUACCGGGGAUCCAUUUACUCGAUGUUAUAUAAUUCCAACUCCAGUGAUUCCACUUGAAGAUGAAAAUAUUAACCCUUGUAUUCCUUCUCCUUGUGGACCUAAUGCUGAAUGUCGGGCAAUUGGUAGCUCACCUUCAUGUAGUUGUUUACCAACAUACCUUGGAAGUCCCCCUAACUGCAAACCAGAAUGUACCAUCAAUGCAGAAUGUGCAAGUAAUCAUGCUUGUAUUAAUCAGAGAUGCGUUGAUCCCUGUCCUGGUUUAUGUGGCUUAUCGGCUACAUGUUCAGUGACAAAUCAUAUCCCGUCCUGCAAUUGUUUGGCUGGGUAUGAAGGUGAUCCGUUUAUAAGCUGUCAAGUAAUACAACUACAACAAAAACCUAUUGAGGAGGAUGAUCCUUGUCAAACUUGUGGACAAAACACACAUUGUCAAAAUAAUAUUUGCACAUGUUUGCCUGAUUUUAUUGGUGAUCCAAAUGUCGGAUGCAAACCUGAAUGCGUACUUAAUUCAGACUGUGAACGAGAUAAAGCGUGUGUAAAGCGAAAAUGUAAAGAUCCGUGCCCUGGUACUUGUGGAAUAAAUGCUAUAUGUGAUGUAUUCAAUCAUAUUCCUAUGUGCAGAUGUCCAGAGGGAAUGUCUGGCAAUGCUUUUGUACAAUGCAGUCUAACACCUAUUCCCAUUAACAUCAACCCAUGUUCUCCAUCUCCAUGUGGUCCUAGUUCUCACUGUAGAGUCUUGAAUCAACAGCCGGUUUGUUCUUGUAUUGAAGGUUAUUUAGGUAGCCCUCCAUCAUGUAGACCCGAAUGUACAAGCAAUUCAGAAUGUCCGUUCAACAAAGCUUGUCAAAAUCAAAAAUGCCGUGAUCCUUGCCCAGGAACAUGUGGGCGUGGUGCUAAGUGUAAUGUGCGUAACCACAAUCCAAUUUGCAACUGCCCUUCAGGUUUCACUGGUGAUGCUUUUGUAAGAUGUGAUAUCAUAAGAGAACCCAGUAAAGCGGAACUUGAUAUAAAGGAUCCGUGUAUUCCAACCCCUUGCGGACCAAAUUCUCAAUGCAAGGCUAUAGGAGAAUCUCACACUUGUGUGUGUUUACCUGAUUUUGUAGGAGCUCCUCCAAAUUGUCGACCAGAAUGCGUUUCAAAUACGGAAUGUACAAGCAGUUUAGCUUGCAUUAAUCAAAAAUGUAAAGAUCCUUGUCCAGGAUUAUGUGGAGUUAAUGCUGAGUGUAGGGUCAUAAGUCAUGUUCCACAGUGCGUGUGCAGUUCCGGAUUCAACGGAGAUCCAUUUACACAAUGCUUACCCAUAGUGCAACCCAUUGAGAUUUUAGAUCCAUGUAAUCCAUCUCCAUGUGGAGCUAACGCUAAAUGUAAGGCGCGGAAUAGUGCUGCCACUUGCAGUUGUUUAAAGGAUUUCUUUGGAGAUCCUUAUCAAGGAUGUAGACCUGAAUGUAUUCUAAAUUCCGAUUGUCCAUCUAAUAAAGCAUGUGUUCAAAAUCAGUGUAAGGAUCCAUGUCCGGGUACUUGUGGACAAAAUGCUGAGUGCUAUGUUAGAAAUCAUUUACCAAAUUGCAACUGUUUGCAAGGUUUUUCUGGUGAUCCUUAUGUUUUUUGUUCUAUUAUUCCCCAAUCUGUGUCAGAAGAAUAUAAAAACCCCUGCCAACCGUCUCCAUGCGGGGCAAACAGCCAGUGUAGAGAACAAAAUAAUCAAGCUGUGUGUUCCUGUUUACCGUUAUAUAAAGGUUCGCCUCCCUCUUGUAGACCUGAGUGCACCGUUAGUUCAGAAUGUGCUCUAGAUAAGUCUUGCAUGAACUUAAAAUGUGUGGAUCCUUGUCCUAAUGCUUGUGGUACAAACGCUAAUUGCCGCGUACGUAAUCACAGCCCAGUUUGUGUAUGUCAAUCUGAUUUUACAGGGGAUCCAUUUACUCGAUGUUAUCCAAUACCAAAACCUGUAGUUACUAUUGAUGAUGAAAUAAUAAAUCCAUGUAUUCCAUCUCCAUGCGGGCCAAAUUCAGAAUGCAGAGCUGUUGGAAAUGCACCAUCUUGUACUUGUUUGCCAACUUUCUUAGGUGCUCCUCCAAAUUGUAAACCGGAAUGUUCAAUUAAUUCUGAAUGCACAAGUAACCAAGCUUGUGUAAAUCAAAAAUGUAUAGAUCCUUGUCCUGGAUUAUGUGGGAUAUCGGCUACUUGUUCUGUUGUAAAUCAUAUUCCCUCUUGUUUGUGUUUGCCUGGAUAUGAAGGUGAUCCUUUCACAAUAUGUAACAUCCCAGAAAAGCACGAGCUGAUCCAAGAAGAUGAUCCAUGUUCGUUAUGCGGUUUGAACACACAAUGUCUUAAUGGGGUAUGCCGCUGUUUGCCAGAUUUCUUUGGUGAUCCCAAUAUUGGAUGCAAACCUGAAUGUAUUCUUAGCUCCGAUUGUAGUCGAGAUAAAGCAUGCAUUCGAAGAAAAUGUAAAGAUCCUUGUCCAGGAACAUGUGGUAUUAAUGCUAUUUGCGAUGUUACGAAUCAUAUCCCAAUGUGUAGGUGUCCAGAAGGAUUGUCCGGAAACGCUUUCGUUCAUUGCAAACCUAUUUCAAGUCCCGCAACCUUGAACCCAUGUUUGCCAUCACCCUGUGGGCCAAGCUCACAUUGUAAAAUAUUAAAUCAGCAAGCUGUUUGUUCCUGUAUUGAAGGUUAUUUGGGAAGUCCACCAACAUGCAGACCAGAAUGCACUAGCAAUUCGGAAUGCCAAUUUAACAAAGCUUGCCAAAAUCAAAAAUGCCGCGAUCCUUGUCCAGGAACUUGUGGCCGAGGAGCUAAAUGUGACGUGCGCAAUCACAACCCAAUAUGCAGUUGUCCUCCAGGUUUUACUGGAGAUUCCUUUAUAAAAUGCGAUGCUAUAAGACAACCUACUAAAGUUGAACAAGAUAGUCAAGAUCCGUGCGUUCCUUCUCCAUGUGGUCCGAAUUCUCAAUGUAAGGCUAUUGGAGAUUCACAUACUUGUAUAUGUUUACCGGAAUUCGUAGGAGCUCCUCCACAUUGUCGACCAGAAUGUAUAUCUAAUUCAGAAUGUCUCAGUAAUAUGGCAUGUAUCAAUCAAAAAUGUAAAGAUCCGUGCCCAGGAUUAUGCGGCCAAAAUGCCGAAUGUCGUGUAAUAAGUCAUGUUCCGCAAUGUGUGUGUAGCCCAGGUUAUAAUGGAGAUCCAUUUACACAAUGUCUAAUAAUUGUUCAACCAAUAGAAAUUAUUGACCCAUGUAAUCCAUCGCCAUGCGGCGUAAAUGCUGAAUGUGAAUCGCGUAAUAAUGCUGCAACAUGCAGUUGUUCACCAGAUUUCUUUGGAGAUCCCUAUGAAGGAUGUAGACCUGAAUGUAUAUUAAAUUCCGAUUGUGCUUCAAAUAGAGCAUGUGUUCAAAAUCAUUGCAGAGACCCUUGCCCUGGAACUUGUGGACAAAACGCUGAAUGUUAUGUUAGAAAUCAUUUAGCUAACUGUAAUUGUUUGCAAGGUUAUACUGGAGAUCCGUAUUCGUUUUGUUCUAAUAUACAAAAGCCUACAGUUGAAUAUCGAAAUCCUUGUGAACCCUCUCCUUGUGGUCCUAACAGUCAAUGUAAAGAGCAAAACAAUCAAGCAGUUUGCUCCUGUUUAGCAACUUAUCAAGGAACUCCUCCACUAUGUCGCCCAGAAUGCACUACUAAUUCCGAAUGUGCUUUAGAUAAGUCUUGUAUUAACAUGAAAUGCACGAAUCCAUGUCCAAAUACUUGCGGGAAUAGUGCAAAAUGCCAUGUUCGUAAUCACAGUCCAAUAUGUUCAUGUUCUAACGGAUUCACAGGAGAUCCUUUUACUCGAUGUUAUCCCAUACUGCACCCUACAACUCCACUUGAAGAUGAGACUAUAAACCCAUGUGUUCCCUCGCCUUGUGGACCGAACUCAAUAUGUAGAGAUGUUGGAAACUCUCCGUCAUGUAGUUGUCUACCUGAAUUUCUUGGUGCGCCGCCAAAUUGUAAACCCGAAUGUACAAUCAACGCUGAGUGUGCCAGCGAUAAAGUUUGUGUUAAUCAAAAAUGUAUUGAUCCAUGCCCUGGCCUGUGUGGAAUUUCCGCAGUUUGUAACAUCAUAAAUCACACUCCAUCCUGUGUUUGUUUACCCGGAUAUGAAGGAGACUCUUUUACAAACUGUCGUCCAAUACCUCAAAAAUCCGAUUUUAUCGAGGAGGAUCCAUGUUUAAAAUGUGGUUCAAACACCAAAUGUGAAGAUGGUGUUUGUGUUUGUUUACCCGACUACUUGGGAGAUCCGUUUGUUGGUUGUAAACCGGAAUGUCUUUUGAAUUCGGAUUGUAAUAGAGACAAAGCUUGUUUACGACGAAAAUGUAAAAACCCAUGUCCCGGAACGUGUGGAAUAAAUGCCAUAUGUGAAGUUUUCAACCAUGUUCCGAUGUGUAGAUGUCCUGAAGGAAUGUCUGGAAAUGCUUUUAUUCAAUGUACCCCAAUCAAAAGCCCUGCAAUAUCAAGUCCUUGCUUACCUUCUCCAUGUGGCCCAAAUUCGCACUGCAGAGUAAUAAACCAACAAGCUGUUUGUUCUUGUAUUGAAGGUUAUUUAGGAAGUCCGCCAUCAUGCAGACCAGAGUGCACAAGUAAUUCGGAGUGUCAAUUUGAUAAAGCUUGUCAAAAUCAGAAAUGUCGCGAUCCCUGCCCAGGAACUUGUGGACGUGGAGCUAGAUGUAAUGUUCGAAACCACAAUCCGAUUUGUAGUUGUUCUGUAGGACUAACUGGAGAUCCUUUCGUAAGAUGCGAGGUUAGCAGAGAGCCAGUAAAGUCUGAAAGUGUUACGGAAGAUCCUUGCGUUCCUUCUCCAUGUGGUCCAAAUUCUUUAUGCAAAGCUGUUGGAGAUUCACACAGUUGCUUAUGUUUACCAGAUUUUAUAGGAUCGCCUCCAAAUUGCAGACCAGAAUGUAUUUCAAAUUCAGAGUGUUCCAGAGAUUUAGCAUGUAUUAAUCAAAAAUGCAAAGAUCCCUGCCCAGGUCUAUGUGGACAAAAUGCCGAAUGUCGAGUAAUUACUCAUGUUCCACAAUGCAUUUGUAACCCCGGCUAUAAAGGAGAUCCAUUUACACAAUGUGUAGUUAAAGUUCAGUCAAAUGAGUUUAUAGACCCAUGUAAUCCAUCGCCUUGUGGUGCAAAUGCCGAAUGUAAGGCCAGAAACAAUGCUGCGACAUGUAGUUGCCUGUAUGAUUUCUACGGAGAUCCUUAUCAAGGAUGCCGACCUGAGUGCGUACUUAAUUCUGAUUGCGCAUCUAAUAAAGCUUGUGUACAAAAUCAUUGCAAAGAUCCUUGUCCAGGAACAUGUGGCCAGAACGCUGACUGUUACGUAAGAAAUCACAUACCAAACUGUAAUUGUUUACAAGGGUAUUCCGGUGAUCCAUACAAAUAUUGUUCUUUGUUACAACUCCCUAUCGAAAAUGAAUAUCAAAAUCCUUGUCAACCAUCUCCUUGUGGUCCUAACAGCCAAUGCAAAGAAGUUAAUAACCAAGCUAUAUGCUCUUGUUUACCAUCUUAUAAAGGCAAUCCACCUUCUUGUAGACCAGAAUGCACAUCAAAUUCAGAAUGUCCUCUUGAUAAAUCAUGUAUCAAUUUAAAAUGUGUUGACCCUUGCCCAAAUACCUGUGGCAAAAAUUCUCAGUGCCAUGUUCGUAAUCACAGUCCAGUAUGCUCAUGCAAUUCAGGAUUUACCGGGGAUCCAUUUACUCGAUGUUAUAUAAUUCCAACUCCAGUGAUUCCACUUGAAGAUGAAAAUAUUAACCCUUGUAUUCCUUCUCCUUGUGGACCUAAUGCUGAAUGUCGGGCAAUUGGUAGCUCACCUUCAUGUAGUUGUUUACCAACAUACCUUGGAAGUCCCCCUAACUGCAAACCAGAAUGUACCAUCAAUGCAGAAUGUGCAAGUAAUCAUGCUUGUAUUAAUCAGAGAUGCGUUGAUCCCUGUCCUGGUUUAUGUGGAUUAUCGGCUACGUGUUCAGUGACAAAUCAUAUCCCGUCCUGCAAUUGUUUGGCUGGGUAUGAAGGUGAUCCGUUUAUAAGCUGUCAAAUAAUACAACUACAACAAAAACCUAUUGAGGAGGAUGAUCCUUGUCAAACUUGUGGACAAAACACACAUUGUCAAAAUAAUAUUUGCACAUGUUUGCCCGAUUUUAUUGGUGAUCCAAAUGUCGGAUGCAAACCAGAAUGCGUACUUAAUUCAGACUGUGAUCGAGAUAAAGCAUGUAUAAAGCGAAAAUGUAAAGAUCCGUGCCCUGGUACUUGUGGAAUAAAUGCUAUAUGUGAAGUAUUGAAUCAUAUUCCUAUGUGCAGAUGUCCAGAUGGAAUGUCUGGCAAUGCUUUUAUACAAUGCAGUCUAACACCUAUUCCCAUUAAUAUCAAUCCAUGUUCUCCAUCUCCAUGUGGUCCUAGCUCUCACUGUAGAGUCUUGAAUCAACAGCCGGUUUGUUCCUGUAUUGAUGGUUAUUUAGGUAGCCCUCCAUCAUGUAGACCGGAAUGUACAAGCAAUUCAGAAUGUCCGUUCAACAAAGCUUGUCAAAAUCAAAAAUGCCGUGAUCCUUGCCCAGGAACAUGUGGGCGUGGUGCUAAGUGUAAUGUGCGUAACCACAAUCCAAUUUGCAACUGCCCUUCAGGUUUCACUGGUGAUGCUUUUGUAAGAUGUGAUAUCAUAAGAGAACCCAGUAAAGCGGAACUUGAUAUAAAGGAUCCGUGUAUUCCAACCCCUUGCGGACCAAAUUCUCAAUGCAAGGCUAUAGGAGAAUCUCACACUUGUGUGUGUUUACCUGACUUUGUAGGAGCUCCUCCAAAUUGUCGACCAGAAUGUGUUUCAAAUACGGAAUGUGCAAACAGUUUAGCUUGCAUUAAUCAAAAAUGUAAAGAUCCUUGUCCAGGAUUAUGUGGAGUUAAUGCUGAGUGUAGGGUUAUAAGUCAUGUUCCACAGUGCGUGUGCAGUUCCGGAUACAACGGAGAUCCAUUUACAAAAUGCUUACCCGUAGUGCAUCCGAUUGAGAUUUUAGAUCCAUGUAAUCCAUCCCCAUGUGGAGCUAACGCUGAAUGUAAGGCGCGGAAUAGUGCUGCCACUUGCAGUUGUUUAAAGGAUUUCUUUGGAGAUCCUUAUCAAGGAUGUAGACCUGAAUGUAUUCUAAAUUCCGACUGUCCAUCUAAUAAAGCAUGUGUCCAAAAUCAGUGUAAGAAUCCAUGUCCGGGUACUUGUGGACAAAAUGCUGAGUGCUAUGUUAGAAAUCAUUUACCGAAUUGCAACUGUUUGCAAGGUUUUUCUGGUGAUCCUUAUGUUUUUUGUUCUAUUAUUCCCCAAUCUGUGUCAGAAGAAUAUAAAAACCCCUGCCAACCGUCUCCAUGCGGCGCAAACAGCCAGUGUAGAGAACAAAAUAAUCAAGCUGUGUGUUCCUGUUUACCGUUAUAUAAAGGUUCGCCUCCCUCUUGUAGACCUGAGUGCACCGUUAGUUCAGAAUGUGCUCUAGAUAAGUCUUGCAUGAACUUAAAAUGUGUGGAUCCUUGUCCUAAUGCUUGUGGUACAAAUGCCAAUUGCCGCGUACGUAAUCACAGCCCAGUUUGUGUAUGUCAAUCUGAUUUUACAGGCGAUCCAUUUACUCGAUGUUAUCCAAUACCAAGUAAGAAAAUCUUUACUAUUGAUGAUGAAAUAAUAAAUCCAUGUAUUCCAUCUCCAUGCGGGCCAAAUUCAGAAUGCAGAGUUGUUGGAAAUGCACCAUCUUGUACUUGUUUGCCAACUUUCGUAGGUGCUCCUCCAAAUUGUAAACCAGAAUGUACAAUUAAUUCUGAAUGCACAAGUAACCAAGCUUGUGUAAAUCAAAAAUGUAUAGAUCCUUGUCCUGGAUUAUGUGGGAUGUCGGCUACUUGUUCUGUUGUAAAUCAUAUUCCCUCUUGUUUGUGUUUGCCUGGAUAUGAAGGUGAUCCUUUCACAAUAUGUAACAUCCCAGAAAAGCACGAGCUGAUCCAAGAAGAUGAUCCAUGUUCGUUAUGUGGUUUGAACACACAAUGUCUUAAUGGGGUAUGCCGCUGUUUGCCAGAUUUCUUUGGUGAUCCCAAUAUUGGAUGCAAACCUGAAUGUAUUCUUAGCUCCGAUUGUAGUCGAGAUAAAGCAUGCAUUCGAAGAAAAUGUAAAGAUCCUUGUCCAGGAACAUGUGGUAUUAAUGCUAUUUGCGAUGUUACGAAUCAUAUCCCAAUGUGUAGGUGUCCAGAAGGAUUGUCCGGAAACGCUUUCGUUCAUUGCAAACCUAUUUCAAGUCCCGCAACCUUGAACCCAUGUUUGCCAUCACCCUGUGGGCCAAGCUCACAUUGUAAAAUAUUAAAUCAGCAAGCUGUUUGUUCCUGUAUUGAAGGUUAUUUGGGAAGUCCACCAACAUGCAGACCAGAAUGCACUAGCAAUUCGGAAUGCCAAUUUAACAAAGCUUGCCAAAAUCAAAAAUGCCGCGAUCCUUGUCCAGGAACUUGUGGCCGAGGAGCUAAAUGUGACGUGCGCAAUCACAACCCAAUAUGCAGUUGUCCUCCAGGUUUUACUGGAGAUUCCUUUAUAAAAUGCGAUGCUAUAAGACAACCUACUAAAGUUGAACAAGAUAGUCAAGAUCCGUGCGUUCCUUCUCCAUGUGGUCCGAAUUCUCAAUGUAAGGCUAUUGGAGAUUCACAUACUUGUAUAUGUUUACCGGAAUUCGUAGGAGCUCCUCCACAUUGUCGACCAGAAUGUAUAUCUAAUUCAGAAUGUUUCAGUAAUAUGGCAUGUAUCAAUCAAAAAUGUAAAGAUCCAUGCCCAGGAUUAUGCGGGCAGAAUGCCGAGUGCCGUGUAAUAAGUCAUGUUCCGCAAUGUGUUUGUAGCCCAGGUUACAAUGGGGAUCCAUUUACACAAUGUCUAACAAUUGUGCAACCAAUAGAAAUUAUUGACCCCUGUAAUCCAUCGCCAUGCGGCGUAAAUGCUGAAUGUAAAUCGCGUAAUGAUGCUGCAACUUGCAGUUGUUUACCUGAUUUCUUUGGGGAUCCCUAUGAAGGAUGUAGACCUGAAUGUAUAUUAAAUUCCGAUUGUUCUUCAAAUAGAGCAUGUGUUCAAAAUCAUUGCAGAGACCCUUGCCCUGGAACUUGUGGACCAAACGCUGAAUGUUAUGUUAGAAACCAUUUAGCUAAUUGUAAUUGUUUACAAGGUUAUACUGGAGAUCCAUAUGUAUUCUGUUCAAACAUCCAAAAGCCCAUAGUUGAAGUAUUUGAAAAUGUUUGUCAACCUUCUCCAUGUGGACCCAACAGUCAAUGUAAAGAACAGAAUAAUCAUGCACUUUGUUCCUGUCUCCCGUAUUAUCAAGGAACUCCACCAUUAUGCCGACCCGAAUGCACUGUCAGCUCUGAAUGUUCUCUGGAAACAUCUUGCAUAAAUUUCAAAUGUGUAGAUCCCUGCCCAAAUACAUGUGGAGAAAAGGCUCAAUGCCAUGUACGCAACCACAGUCCAAUUUGUUCUUGUAAUACUGGAUUUACUGGAGAUCCCUUUACGAGAUGUUACUCAAUACCACAACCCGUAGUCUCGACAAAGGAUGAAAUUAUUGAUCCAUGUGUUCCAUCACCUUGUGGCCCAUACUCUGAAUGCCGAACAGUUGGCAACUCACCAUCAUGCUCUUGUUUACCAAACUUCUUGGGAAAUCCACCUAACUGUAGGCCAGAAUGUAUUAUCAAUUCUGAAUGCUCUAGUGACAAGGUUUGUGUGAAUCAAAAAUGCAAAAAUCCAUGUCCAGGAUUAUGUGGUAUAUCUGCACUUUGUACUGUAAUAAACCAUACUCCAUCAUGUACAUGCUUACCUGGUUACGAAGGUGAUCCUUUCAAUAGCUGUCAACAAAUUACGAUAGAAAAAGAACCUGUUAAACCAGAUGAUCCUUGUUUACUAUGUGGAUCAAACACACGUUGCGAAAAUGGGGUUUGCUCAUGCAUUCCAGAUUAUCAUGGAAACCCGUUGAUUGCUUGUAAUCCGGAAUGUGUUCUUAAUUCAGAUUGCAGCAAAAGUAAGGCCUGCAUAAACAGAAAAUGUAAAGACCCUUGCUUUGAAGUUUGCGGAACAAAUGCCAUAUGCGAUGUUUUUAAUCAUAUUCCAAUAUGUAGCUGCCCAACAGGAACGACUGGAAAUGCUUUCGUUCAAUGCUCGCUGAUUACAACCGAAGUGAAUUCAAAUCUAUGUGCACCCUCACCCUGCGGACCGAAUUCACGAUGCAGGAUUGUGAACCAACAAGCAAUUUGCUCAUGCAUUGAGGGAUAUUUAGGCAGCCCCCCUUCUUGCAGACCAGAGUGCACAAGUGACUCUGAAUGUGAAUUUGAUAAGUCAUGCCAAAAUCAAAAAUGUCGUGAUCCCUGCCCUGGCACUUGUGGACACCGCGCAAAAUGUAAUAUUCACAACCACAUCCCAAUUUGCGUUUGUCCGCCUGGACACACGGGUAACCCUUUCCAACAAUGUUUGGUUAUUAAAGAACCCGUAGAAUCGGAGAUCGAUAUCAAAAAUCCGUGUAUACCAACACCAUGUGGUCCUAAUUCACAAUGUAAAAUCAGUGGAAAUUCGUAUAUCUGUUUAUGUUUGCCAGGAUUUGAAGGAGCUCCCCCAAAUUGCAAGCCAGAAUGCAUUUCCAAUGCAGAGUGUGCCAGCAACUUGGCCUGUAUUAAUCAAAAAUGCAAAAAUCCAUGUCCAGGAUUAUGUGGGAAAAAUGCUGAAUGUCGCGUGAUUAGUCACGUACCACAGUGUGUCUGCAAUUUUGGCUAUAAUGGAGAUCCAUUUACAUUGUGUGUAGAAGCAAUCAAAACUGCCGAAGUGGUAGAGCCCUGUAACCCAUCACCUUGCGGCGUUAAUGCAGAAUGUAGGGCUAAAAAUAAUGCAGCAGCCUGCGUCUGUCUACCAGAUUUCUUUGGAGAUCCUUAUCAAGGAUGUAGACCCGAAUGCGUAAUUAAUUCUGACUGCCCAUCUAAUAAAGCAUGUAUUCAAAGACAUUGUAGAGAUCCAUGCCCGGGAGUGUGCGGUCAAAAUGCUGAGUGCUAUGUUAGAAGUCAUUUGCCUAAUUGCAAUUGUCUUCCAGGUUUUUCCGGCGAUCCAUUCUUUUACUGUUCCGCAAUACAACAGCCGGUUAAAGAUAAAACUCAAGAACCCUGCCAACCGAAUCCCUGUGGGCCGAAUAGCAAAUGUGAUAAUCGUAAUGGACAACCUAUAUGCUCAUGUGUUGAAGAUUAUAUUGGAACCCCACCAAUGUGCAGACCUGAAUGUGUUCUAAAUUCUGAGUGCCCUUCUAAUAACGCAUGCCUUAACAAAAAAUGUGUUAACCCAUGCGUUGGAAUUUGUGGCUCAAAUGCUGUUUGCAGUGUUAGAAAUCAUAGCCCCAUAUGUGCCUGUGAAACUGGUUUUACUGGAGAUCCUUUAAUGAAUUGCUAUCCAAUCAAAUCAAUUGUACCAAUAAAAGAAAAGGACUUGUGCAUUCCAUCACCAUGUGGUCCCUUCUCCCAGUGUAGAGAAAUUAAUGGUAAAUCAGCAUGCAGCUGCCUUCCUAGUUACGUUGGUUCUCCACCAUACUGCAAACCAGAAUGUCUUGUAAAUUCGGAAUGCCAAUCUAACUUGGCAUGCAUCAAUGAGAAAUGUAAAGAUCCCUGUCCAGGCUCUUGCGGUGUCAAUGCUAAAUGCCUUGUUACUGAUCACACUCCUUCCUGUUCUUGCCCAUCAGAUAAAACAGGGAACCCUUUCCAUAAAUGCUUUGCAAUAGAACCUAUACAAGAAAUUCCGAUAGAACAGGAUCCUUGUCAUCCUUCACCUUGUGGAAUGAAUACAAUUUGUAAUGCUGGUGUUUGUUCAUGCAUUUCCAAUUACAUUGGAAAUCCAAAUAUUGGCUGCAGACCUGAAUGCGUUCUUAACUCGGAUUGUCCGUCUAAUAGAGCUUGUUUGAAUGAAAAGUGUAAGGAUCCUUGUGUUGAAAAAUGUGGAACAAAUUCUAUUUGUGAAACCAUUAAUCAUAUUGCAUUUUGUAAAUGUCCGAAAAAUAUGUCCGGAAAUCCCUUCAUUUCAUGCCAAAUAGUUGAAAGACCUAUUGUUUCUGAAAACCCAUGUAAUCCUUCACCUUGUGGAUUAAAUAGUAGAUGUCAAAAUAUAAACAAUCAACCUGUUUGUUCUUGUGUUCUUGGUUAUUUUGGUUCCCCACCAAACUGUCGACCAGAAUGUUAUACAAAUUCAGAUUGUCAACAAAUUAAUGAAUGUGUUAAUAACAAGUGUGUAGAUCCAUGUCCUGGAAGGUGUGGGUUGAAUGCUAUUUGCCAAGUAGUACAACAUAAAGCUGUCUGCGAAUGUUCGCAUGGGUAUACUGGAAAUCCAAAUAGUUACUGCAGAGUCAUUGAACGACCAUUACCUUCUGUAAUUGAAACUGACCCAUGUCGACCAUCGCCAUGUGGACCUAAUGCUUAUUGUAAAAACAUUAAUAACAAAGCCGAGUGUUCUUGUUUAAGUAAUUAUAUAGGUGUUCCACCAAAUUGCCGCCCAGAGUGCACGAAAAACGACGAUUGUUCCAAUAACUUAGCAUGCAUAAAUCAAAAAUGUGAAGAUCCUUGCCCAGGAUCUUGUGGAGAAAAUGCUCAAUGUAUCGUUACAGUGCAUAUACCAAAUUGUAUUUGUAAUAUUGGUUUAAUUGGUGAUCCCUUUUUUAAAUGUUAUAAAAAAGGUAAGGUUUCUCAACCACCAAAACCUGUAGAAGAAAAUCCCUGCGAGCCAUCUCCAUGUGGUAGUAAUGCAAUGUGUCGCAUCAGAGGGCAAAACUACAUUUGUGAGUGCGUUAGAGACUAUAUUGGCAAUCCCUACGAAGGAUGUCGACCGGAAUGUAUCGGAAAUUCCGAAUGCCCAUCAAAUAAAGCUUGUAUACGAUACAAAUGUAAAGAUCCAUGCCCAGGAACUUGUGGAUAUAACGCUUUAUGCACGGUUACUAAUCACAUUCCGAUAUGCACGUGCCCACCAGAACUAACGGGAAAUGCUUUCCGUAGUUGCGAGGCAAUUCGCAGAAAUGACACUAUCCUAGAAAAGCCUAUUAAUCCCUGUCAUCCUUCCCCUUGUGGAUUAAAUUCAAUAUGUCGCGUGCUUAAUCAGAAUGUAAUAUGUGAAUGUAUUCCGGGGUAUUACGGUGAUCCCACUGGACAAGGUUGCACACCAGAAUGCACAUUAAGCUCAGAUUGCACUAAAGACAAAACAUGUGUAAACUUCAAAUGCAUAGAUCCAUGUCCUGGAGCUUGUGGCUAUGGAGCUCAAUGUCAAACUAUUAACCAUAAUCCAAUAUGCUCCUGUCCUUCGCCAAGUAUUGGCAAUCCAUUUGUAGAAUGUCAUCCGCCGGAACCUAAGGAUCUAUGUAAUCCAUCGCCAUGUAAAACGAAUGGUGUUUGUCGCAUUGUCAAUAAUCUGGCGACUUGUUUUUAUCCGGAAUGCAUAUCAAAUGAUGAUUGUCCCCGUGAUAAAUCAUGUUCAAAUCAAAAAUGCCAAGAUCCAUGUAUACAUGCUUGUGGAAUUAAUGCAAUUUGCAAUGCAGUUAAUCAUAAAAGUGUAUGCUCCUGCCCAAGUGGCUAUUUGGGUUCAGCUUAUGAUAAAUGUUAUCCACAAAUGGAACCAAUACCACCACGUGUAGAAUGUACACAAGAUUCAGACUGCCCUAAUGAUAAAUCUUGCAUUAAUCAACAGUGCCGAAAUCCGUGUAUUGAAUCGCCAAGAAUUUGUGGGGAAAAUGCAAAAUGUUAUGUACAAAAUCAUAGACCACUUUGUGUGUGCAACGAAGGUUUCACAGGAAACGCAAAUUCUUACUGUUAUGUGAUAGGCUGCCGAAAUGAUGACGAUUGUCCAGCAACAGAAUCAUGCAUUAACCAAAAAUGUUGGGAUUCGUGUUCUUACAUUCAAUGUGGAAGAAAUGCAAUAUGUAAAACUGAUUUCAAUCACAAGGCAAGAUGCCAUUGUUUAGAGGGAUAUAGAGGUAAUCCGUUAAUACACUGCGACAGACCAGAAUGCGUCAACGAUUCAGAUUGUCCCUUUAAUUUGGCAUGCUUAAAUGAACGUUGCCAAGAUCCUUGUAAAUGUGGAGAAGGUGCCGAGUGUCGUGUUAGCAAUCAUAUAGCACAAUGUAGAUGUUUACCUGGUUACACGGGAGAUCCUCAAAUAAAAUGUAAUUUACUACCUAAAGAAGUAACUGAGUGCUUAAUCGACGCUGACUGUCCUAGAAGACUUGCAUGUUUUGAAGGUAAAUGCAAAAAUCCAUGUGAUGAAACCCACCCAUGUGGAGCAAAUGCAAAAUGUGUCGUUGUUGAUACCUUACCCUUAAGGACAAUGGUAUGUCAGUGUGAACCUAAUUAUGUGGGUAACGCCGAUCUGGGCUGCAGGAAAGAAAUUACUAAGGAACCAGGCUGUUCCAAGCAUGAAGAUUGUCCUGAUUCAGAAGUAUGUCGAAGUGGAGUUUGUAGAAAUCCAUGUAUAACGAAUUCUCCAUGUGCUAAAACCGCUGAAUGUUCCGCUAAAAAUCAUAGAGCGGUAUGCAAAUGCCCACAAAAUUUACAGGGUGAUCCAUUCGUAAAUUGUUAUACCCCGUCUCUUAUUACACCUGAGUGUACAACUGAUGCCGAUUGUUCCCCGACUAUGGCUUGUUUUAAUCACAGAUGUGAAAAUCCAUGCGCUGAAGCAAAUCCUUGUGCUGGAAAUGCAGAAUGUCGUGUGCAUCAAAAUCGUGCGUUAUGUUACUGUCCGGCAGGAUGGGGAGGCGAUCCAAAAAAUCAAUGCUUCAAACCUGAAUGUGCAAUUAAUUCGGAUUGUCCUUAUGAUAAGGCUUGUAUUAAUGAAAAAUGUGUUAAUCCUUGUACUUACGGAUCUGUACGGUGUGGUACUGGGGCAAAAUGUAAACCAGAAAAUCAUCAAGCUACAUGCGAAUGUCCUAUCGGAACUCAAGGAAACCCAUUUAGUGCUUGCAUUACUGGAAAAUGUCAAUAUAAUGAUGAUUGUGCAGAUCACGAAGCAUGUGAUCGCCUUAAUCGUAUAUGCAAAGCAGUUUGUUUUGCGGGAGCAUGUGCUAAUUUGGCAAGUUGUUAUGGUAGAAAUCAUCAACCUCUGUGUGAGUGUAAACCUGGAACAACUGGCAAUCCGUAUGUUGAAUGUACGCAAAGUCGCCAGCCAGCUUUACCAGAACCAGAGUGCAAUACUGAUAUCGAUUGUUCUUCGCAUUUGGCUUGCAUUAACAGAAAAUGUUCCGAUCCUUGUGCUUUAUCUAAUGUUUGUUCACCCCAACAAACAUGUACUGUAUUGGAAACAACACCUUUAAGAACCCUGAUAUGCACAUGUCCACAGGACACAAUAACUGAUAACUCAAGAAACUGCAUUCCUAUUAAAUUUGACGAAGGUUGCCGCUCUAAUAGCGACUGCACAGAUCCGGAAAUUUGUCAAAGAGGCCAGUGCAUUGAAGCGUGUCGUUUGGAAUCUUGCGGUAUAAAUGCGCUAUGCUCUUCAAAGAAUCAUUAUGCCCACUGUUCCUGUCCGCGAGGAUAUACUGGAAACCCACGUAUUGAAUGCUUACCUUCUAAAACAAAACCUACUGUGGCUGCUCCUGAAUGUACUAGAAAUGACGACUGCCCAAAUGAUCGUAAAUGUGUAAAUGAAAUAUGUUUGAAUCCAUGUGUAUUACCAAAAACAUGCGGUGUUGCCGCUUAUUGCCACGUUGAGUUGCAUCAACCAAUAUGUCGGUGUCCAGCAGGUUAUAACGGAGUGCCUGAAAUAAGCUGCAGACCUUUGGAACCCACUUUGUUAGAGUGCGAGUCCAAUUCAGAUUGUUCCUUGACAAAUUCUUGCAUUAACGGACACUGCAUAGAUCCCUGCAAUUGUGGAUCAAAUGCCGAAUGUUUCGUUCGUAAUCAUCACCCGGUAUGUUAUUGUAGACCAGGCUAUUCUGGUAAUCCUCAAAAUGGUUGUGUUCCAGUCGGUUGUCAAGCUGAUGACGACUGCAGUUUGGAUAAGCAAUGUAUCAACCAGGAAUGUAUUAACCCAUGUGCUAUCAAUGAUCCGUGUGCAAUCAAUGCAGAAUGUUAUGGAAGAAAUCAUAGAGCUACGUGUAGAUGUCCUGCUGGACUAGAAGGUGAUCCAUUUAAACGCUGCGAUCGUGUUGAAUGUCACUCUGAUUAUGACUGUCCACUCAACCAAGGCUGUAUAAAUAGUCACUGCAUCAAUUUAUGUCAAGAAAGAAAUCCAUGUGCAAGAAAUGCAAAUUGUUUUGUUCUAAACCAUGCAGCGAUUUGCAAGUGUCCAGAACAUUUACCUUUAGGUAAUCCUUUUGCUUAUUGUGAAGAACAACCACCACCACCUCAACAAGUAGCCGAAUGUACAACAGACGGAGAAUGUCCUAGUAAGCAAGCUUGCAUCAAUGAAAAAUGUGUUAAUCCUUGCAAAGAGUUGCAACCUUGUACUCAGAGUGCACAUUGCUUUGUUCUAGACAGUGUCCCAGUUCGAACAAUGGUUUGUGAAUGCCCUGAACAUUUUAUACCGGAUAACAACGGAGAAUGUUCGCCAAUUAAAACAGCGCUCACUCUUGGCUGCAGUAGUAAUGAUGAAUGUCCAAACAAUGAAGCUUGUAUUAAUCGUCAAUGUAGAAAUCCGUGUAAUUGUGGAACUAAUGCAAUAUGUUUAGUUCAGAAUCACCGUGCAACUUGUAGUUGCGAAGAUGGACACGAAGGAAAUCCGUAUAGUUAUUGUAAAACUGUCGGUUGUCGAAUAGACAAUGAAUGUGAAUCUGGAAAGGCUUGUAUAAACGGAAAUUGCGUCAAUCCUUGUUUAAUUACUGAAUCAUGUGGAAAGAAUGCGGAAUGUUAUGUGCAAAAUAAUAAAGCAGAAUGUCGUUGUUUAAAUGGUUAUCGUGGUAAUCCUUAUGAAGGUUGCAUAAUCAUUGGAUGUCGAACUAACACUGAUUGCCCUUCCGAAAAAACAUGCGUAAAUGCUCAAUGUGUGAAUCCAUGCAUAUAUAACAAUCCAUGCGCACCACAUUCUGAAUGUAGACCACAAAAUCAUAUUGCAAUUUGCAGAUGUCUUCUAGGCUACAUUGGAAAUCCAUAUAUUGACUGUAAAAAGGAGGUGCUUCCGGAAUGUGUAUAUGAUUCGGAUUGUCCAUCACGUUUAGCCUGUAUUGAAAAUAAAUGCAAAAACCCGUGUCUUAUAUUAGAACCAUGUAAUAGGCCAGCAAGAUGUGAAGUAACUCCAACUUCCCCACUUCGAACAAUGAUCUGCGUUUGCCCCGAUGGUUACAUUAGUAGCGGAAGUGGAACUUGCAAACCAACUACACCAGUCAAAGCAGUUGGAUGCUUAGCAGACUCUGAUUGUCCGGAAGACCGAACCUGCGUCAAUGGCAUUUGUCGAAACCCAUGUAAUUGUGGAAUCAACGCUGAAUGUCGCAUUAAGGAUCAUAAGCCAGUGUGCUCAUGUCGCCAAGGCUUUGAAGGAAACGCUGAAUUUGAAUGCGUUAAAGUGGGUUGCAUUUCCAAUGAUGAAUGUCUCAUUACUCAUUCAUGCAUAAAUCGACAAUGUGUGCCUGCAUGUUCUACAGAUCGUGGAAUAUGUGGUAAAUUUGCAGAAUGUAUUGGAACUAAUCAUAGAGCAGUAUGUGAAUGUGUACCAGGAUUCGAAGGAAAUCCAAGACAAUCAUGUUUGCCAGUUGGUUGUCGCUCUAACUCCGAGUGCCCAAGUGAAAAAGCUUGUAUUAAUAAUAAAUGUCAAAACCCAUGCGAAGUAACUGCUGUUUGUGCACAAGACGAGAUUUGUAAAGUUUAUAACCAUAAAGCCCAAUGUACUUGCCCUCCAGGUUUCAUUGGUACUCUUAAAAAUGGUUGCAUGCCAGAGGAACCUGAAGCAAUAUGUAAAUAUGAUGGAGAUUGCCCCUCUAAAGAAGCGUGCUUCAGGGGUGAGUGCUUAAAUCCAUGUUCUGAAACUCAACCAUGUGGAGUAAACACUGAAUGUAGAGUUCUUGAUACAGCUCCAAUACGCACAAUGAUUUGUGAAUGUCUGCCAGGAUAUCAGGGUAAUGCAGCUGUUCAAUGUGAUAAGAUGUCAAUAUGCCAUAUUGAAAAAGGUUUUGUACGUGAUGUUGAUGGUCGUUGUGUAUGUCCCCCCGGCGCAGCCUUAGAUGAAUAUGAUUAUUGUGUUCCAUGUGAUAAAGAAAAAGGUUAUCGCAUUGACGAGAAUGGACAUUGUGCAUGUGCUUUAGAGAAAGGUUUUAUAAUUGAUGAACGUGGUCGCUGCAUUUGUCCUCUGGAACAUGGAUAUUACCUAAAUGAAAAGCUUGAAUGUAUUCGCAGAACCGAUAACGAAUGUGAAAGUAAUUCAGAUUGUCCAGACAACAGAAGUUGUAAAAAUCGAUUAUGCAUAGAUCCUUGUAUUGAAAGAAACUGCGGUAAUAACGCAUUAUGCAAUACAACUAAUCACCGACCCAUUUGUAGUAAGUAUACCUUCUUAUUUAUUACCAAAUCAAACGAUAUUUACAAUACAAAUAUUACAUUCCGAACAGACUUCCCGAGACCAGAUAUGGUUGUUAGUUGUUUGGCAGAUGGUGUGCAAGUGGAAAUCCAUAUAACAGAGCCAGGGUUCAAUGGCGUCCUGUACGUUAAAGGUCACAGUAAAGAAGAAGAAUGUCGUCGUGUCGUAAAUUUAUCUGGAGACUCCGUUCCCAGAACAGAAGUUUUUAAAGUAAACUUUGGUAGCUGCGGCUUAAUUCAUGUAAACGGGGUCGCUAGCUUUAUUUUAGUAAUUCAAAAACAUCCUAAAUUAGUUACAUAUAAAGCACAAGCAUAUAACAUAAAAUGUGUUUAUCAAACUGGUGAAAAGAACGUUACGUUAGGAUUUAACGUAUCAAUGUUAACAACAGCUGGAACAAUUGCAAAUACCGGACCGCCCCCAAUAUGUCAGAUGAGAAUCGUAACACAUAAUGGAGAAGAAAUCAGCUCAGCCGAAAUUGGAGAUAAUCUAGUAUUACAAGUAGAUGUUGAACCAGCAACAAUAUAUGGUGGAUUCGCUCGCAGUUGUAUCGCAAAAACCAUGGAAGACAAUGUUGAAAAUGAAUACAUUGUGACUGAUGAAAAUGGUUGCGCUACUGAUCCAACUAUAUUCGGUGAAUGGGAAUAUAAUCCUGAAACAAAUAGUCUUUUAGCUAGUUUUAAUGCUUUUAAAUUCCCUUCAAGUGACAAUAUACGAUUCCAGUGCAAUAUACGCGUCUGUUUUGGUAAAUGUCAACCAGUCAAUUGUAGAGGUUAUAAUGCUUUUGGUCGAAGAAGACGUCGUCAAAUAGAUAACAAUAGUCAAGCAACUUCAGCAAGUGGCGUAGGUAUUGAAGGCCAAUUAAGAGAGGAAAUAACAAUCCAAUCUAACGCCAUUCUCACUUUUGAGAAAAGAGAGUACAGUGACUCUAACAUUAAACCAGCUGCACAGCGUGUGGAAGAUAUAUGCGUGUCAAUGGUUGGUCUGAUAAUUGCUUUAGUUUUAACAGCACUCUUAGCGUUAGUUGCCGUAGCUGUAGCUGUUUCUUGUUGGUUAAUGGCCUAUCGUCGUCGACCAAAAGCAGUUGGUCCAUUACCACACCCACCAGAAUUUCCAAAUCCAUUAUUUACAAACCCUGAUGCUAUACCAGAACCAACACCAGAUUAUCUAUCAUAAACCUAAAAAAAAAAACAAAAAAAAAACAUAAUACAUUAAAUAUACAUAUUUAAAUAACUACUAUUAAUUUAAAUAAAAUUUCAAUUUUACAAAUUUUUUAAAAAACGAUGAAAUUUACGGUGCUGUCUAUGCAGAAAAUAAAAACUACAUUUAUUUAAAUUGAAAACGAAAGUGAUUCAAGACAAUAAAUUCACAUAUUUUUGAUGCACACAAAAUUCAUAUCAACUGAAAUAAAAUUAUAAGUAAUGCGGGCGCACCACAAUAUUAUGAAAUAUAAAACAAAAAGAAAAAUCCUUAUUUUUAAGGAUAUAUUGCUAAAAUAAGGAUUUAUUAAUUUGUAAACUAUAGUUAUAGCUCAAAAAAUUAUUAGAAAUACUAUAUAAUGUUUUUUCUUUUUUUUUUUAUCUGGAACAAUAAUAUUUAAACACGAUACGUUCGUACUUUAAUAGAUAAUGUAGUAAAAUUAUAAUUACUGUAUGAAAUUAAAAAGUUAACGCAAACAUUUGUAUUAUUAGAAAUGGAUGAAAAUGAAAACUGCCAAAGCCAUCUUUAUAAAGUAGCUUCUAAUAAUAAUUAAAAAAAUUAAUUAAACCACGUUUUUUUAAAUAUUAUUGUUCCCUUUUACCAAUUAAUUUUCAAGAAAAAAAAAAAGAAAAGGUGUAAAGAAACGACAUCUCCUCCAUUAGUCGAAAUUUUUAUAAUAUUUUAGAUUUUUUUUUUAUUUCCAAACUUAUUAUAGGCACUGUAUUUUUGUAAGAUGUUAUGCUUAUCAAUAAAUAAAAUUAUUUAAAGAAUCAAAGUUUAGCAUGUACUAAGAUAAUAAAUAAUUAGAAAAUGAUCAUAUUAUUAUGUAAAAAGGCGAAUUCACUUAUAUUUAUCAUUAUCAAUAAUAAAUAGCAAUUCUUAUAUAAAAAAAAUAGAUAAUAAAACUUUUAUAAAUAUUUUUUUCCGCGUUAUAAUUAUUUUUUUCUGAAUCAAAAAAUUCAUUUUUUCUUUAUUAAUUUUAAUAGAGAAGAAAAAAUAAAAGAAUUUUAGUAGAAUUUUUGCCUAAAAAUAAUAAAUAACUGUGGUAUUUACAAUAUUUUAAAUUCAAUUAUAUUUUACUUAAAGAUUUGUAUAGUCUAUAACUAUAGCAAAACUUUAAAUAAUAAUUCUUAUAAAUAUUAAAAUACUCGUAAAUCUGUUACAUAUCUUUCUUAAAAUAGUGAGUUUAAUACGAAAUAAAUGAUUUAAAUUAAUGUCCCAUAUAUAUAUAUAUAUAUUAUUUUGGUAUAACUUCAUGUAAAAUUAGUUUUUAUGGGAUGAUAGAGAAAAGUUUUUGAAAGUACUUACGUAUAUGAUUAUAAUAUUUUGGUUUUUCCCUUAAUAUUUAAUAAAAAAUUUAACUAAAAGAAAACCAAGACAAACCUCAAAAAUCAUCUAAGUUUAGUAAUAUACUUUUAUAUAGGUUUACUUACAAAAUAUUGUUAUCAUAUAGUCUAUUAUGUAUUUAUAUCAAUUAUUUUACUUUUUUUUAUAUAUAUGUAUAAAAUAUUAUCGUUUCGCUUACUUUUUUAUCUGCCAUUGAUAGAAUCUACUUGAAACUAAAACCUUUACGAAUAAAUAAAAAUUUUUUAUACUUUUAAAUUACAUACAUAAUUAAAGUUGUAAUAUUCCACUGCCUAAUUUUGGAAAAAAUAUUAUGAUCUAAAACUUUUAUAGCAACAACAUGUUUAAUAAUUCCUAAAUAAAACGAUAUGUCAAUAAAGCUAUUAAAUUUCUAAAAUUUUCGUAAAUAAUUUUAUUAUAUUAUAAUUUCAUAUUACAAAACCAAUAAUUAACUAAUAAUAUUACGUCCUUAGGAAAACCUAUAUUAUUACAAUUCAAAUUGUUUAUUAUUUCAGUUGCGAUCUACCAUCAUUUACUAAUAUAAUUUAUAUAUUUAAAUCCCAGGUCCUAAUUUAUAAAUAUUACUCAUUAGUCAUUACAAAUAGAAUUCAAUAUAUAAAAUUUUGUACACAUAUUCAUAAUAUAAUAUUAUAAAUAUUCUCCUUUAUAAACGAUGUUAUGUAUUAGGUUGUUAUUGGUUUAAAAAGUAUAUUAGAGAAAUUUUCGAUAAAAAGAAUAAAAACUAAGGCACUGUGAGCUACGAUUAUAGCGUAGUUUCUAAAAUUCACUCGAUGUUGAAAUAAAGAUUUCAAUAAUUUAUAUUAUUAUGUUGUAUUGUAAUAUUAUUUAAGGAAAGCAUUAAGAAAUUACAUAUAUUUUAUUUAAUAUAUAAUAUAUAAAAAUGACGUAGAUUAAAGAUAAAACAAAAGAAUUUUAUAUUCGUAUAAAAAAAAAAAUAUAAUAACUUUUGUGUAGUAUAAAUAAAACUCGACGACUAUUGGAGGAUUUGAAUACUUAAAAUUAUUAAAUAUUAUUUUUUAUAUAUAUUGAAAUUAAUUCAAAAUAUUUUUAUAUAAUAUUUAAAAAUAAAAUAAAUUUUCUUAAUUUAAAUAAAACUUAAAUAGUCAAUUCACAUUAAUUAUAAAAUAUAAAAUUUUUUCUUAUAAUAAAAUAUUAAUUUAGAUUUAAAUCCAUAUUUUUUUAAUUUGAUUAAAAAAAAAUCACUAAAAUGAAAUAAAUUUUCGAAUACAAAUAUUAUAUAUGUACAUCAAUACUUAAGGUAUCACAAAAUAAAAGAAAAAAAAAAACAGAUUAUUAAAAAUAAAAUAAUUAAAUGUUAAAAAAAGUUAAGAAUUUAAAAGUCGACAAAAAUUUUAGGCAAUUAACGCAGCGAAUUUUUUAUUUGUCUAUUAUUUUUCUUGAUUUUUGUUCUAACAAAAAUUUUUUUGUAUAACUUAAUUUUAUAUUAAAAAUCAAAUAAAUCAAAAAUAAAUAAAAAUCAAUUUUAAAAAAAUUCUUUAUUACAAUUAAAUAAUUAUUUUAUAUACUAUAAAAAAUAUUCAAAAUAAAAAUAUUUAAUUAUUUUAUAUAUAUAUUUUUUUAAUAUAAUUAAAAAAACGCAAAAAAUGUAUAGUCACUAUUUUAAGUCAUGUGAAUAGUUUAUAUAGAUUAUAGUUAAAAAAAAAAUUAAUAAUAAAAACAAAAGAAAUAUAAAUCAUUCCUAAUAUUUAAAAAAUUUUGUUUUUAUUUUUUUAUUUCUGCAUAUAACCAUUUCAUUUUGUUUUUUUUGACUAAUCAUAAAUAUGUGAAAUUAGGACUUAUUCUCAAUAUUAAAUCACUAAAUGAAAGUGAUAUUUGUUUUUAAAGUUUAUAAUAAGCAUUCUAUUAUGAGCAAGAUUCAUUUGUGUUGAUUGGUUUAUGUUAUAACAUAAUAACAUGGAACUUUUUACGAUAAAAUAUCAAUGCCAUUUAAUAAAAGAAAAUCAUAUAUAAGUAAUAAGAAUUGACUGUCAAAAUAAUUUUAUAUUUUUUAUUCUACAAUAAAUUCAAUAUGAAAUGUCUCGCUAUAAUCUCGCUAUUAUAUUUCUUCUAAUUGAAUUUAUAUUUUUUAUUUAAAUAUUCAUUGCAUUUACUUUGUGAAAACUAUUUUUAAAUACAGGAUAUUCUCUCUAUAUCAAUUGAAAUAUUGAAAAAUGCUUUGUAAAUUUUGUUUAAAUUACCAAAUUACUUGAUUUUGUAUCUAAAUCCACUACAUAUUAUGUAAUGAUGUCCGGGUAAUUACAGGUUUACAAAAAAAAAUUUUUAUUUUCAUUUGUGCAUUCAAUAUUUUUUCUUUUUCAAACAAACAAAACGAAUAAGGAUUUGAUUGGGAAUAAAAACUUAUUCACAAAAAUGUUGGCUUUUAAUAUUAAGGUAAUAUCUUAGUGGAAAUAAAACAAAUAUUUCAAUAGCUGGGUGCUUUUUAUAAAAUUUAUGAAGUACUAAAAUAGAUUAAUAGUAUAAUACGAAUUUUUGCAAAAGUAUUACAAUAUUUCUUAUUGCUUUAUUUUUGUUAAUAUUAAAACGAGACCUUACUUUAGUUUAUAGUAUUACACAUUUUCUUAAAACAAAUCGAAUGCCGCUGAAUUAAUAUAAAAAGUUAUUGCCUUUAUAUUUCUUAUAUAAGUUUGCCAAAUAAACUCAUUUCCAAUCACUUUAUGCAAUAUAAAUUUUUUUAGAUGUUAUCGAAAUUUUGAUAUUUUUUCAAAAUACUUGUUUCACAUAUUUGCAAUUUACAAAUUCAAUUUUACUUAAUUUUAUUUUAUUUUAUUUACUUUUUGUUUUUAAUCUUUUUAAUCUUAAUUUCCAUGUUCCUUACUCAUAAUUAAACCCUAAAAUACUCAGUUAUAAAUUUCUACUCAAUCAUAAUAUUUUAAAAAUUAAAGUGAAAAAAUAACAAAGAAAAAAAUAUUAAACGCAAAAAUAAUUGUUAUUUUUUUAAUCCCAA